GGCCAGCGCCCGGGCGAGGAGGACAGACAGAGAAGCAUCUGGAAUCACCAGUCCCAGUAAGUAGACUGUGGAAACCACAGACUGUAUGAAAACUAGACUCAGAGGAGACGUUAUCUGUCAGUAUCUGAAGACACGAUUAUGUCUGUAGCUGUGUUUGAAAUGUUGACUCUACCGAGGUUUUAAUCAGAGAGAGAGGUGGAGUGAAAAUGAGGAACUCAGACUCAAAUCAUCUUUUUGUUACAGACUCUAAACGUGUCGAUCUCUGCUGAAAAAAUGGUCAUUUUUAACUUUUUGAGAUACACAUGCAAAGUUCAAAAUUAGUUUCUUUAAUAGAUCAGUUUUCUGUAUUUUCAACACAGAAAAUAAAACUGCACAAUUUUUUAACUUUGCUGAAUUUCAACUUUUGUCCCAGUUUGCCGUCUUUAAAAAAAUCUGCACAACAAAAGGACGAAACUCUCAAAAAACCACAACUAUGCAGGAAGUAAAAAAACACACUUUCACACACUUUCUGUUAUUUUUCAUCUAUUAAAUGUUAUAAAACCUACUUACAGGCAUUACAGCAUAUUAUUAGCAUUGAUUGAUUCCUGCAUAUUUACUUCAUUUCAACCGGACAGUUAAAAACUCUCUACGAAGAAAGCUGAUUGAAUUUCUGAGACUCUGUUUGCUGACGGGUCGUGUUUGUUUACGCUUCAAAGUCUAACCGGUCUUUUUUCAAGCUCUCGUGUAAUCUCUCUGAAUUCCUGUGAAGUCUUGUGUAAGUCGGUGUCGUUAACCUGCAGCAGAGAGGGCAGAUCAGGCUCUGCUUCCUGCUCCGACAUCAGCUGAUAGAAGAUCCAGAAGGAUGGAAAAGUUAGCAGAAGAUAUUUGUACGUUUGUGCUCUUGAGUUUGAAGAAAGCUGUUGAGGCCUCCUUCCUCUUCCCUUCGCUCUCCAGUGUUCGAACCACAAUGAAAACUCUUCUCUCUUGUGGGCCGGUGUGAUUGUGUUUCUAUUUGCUUGUUUGUGUCUGAGUGUGUGUGUGCGCAGUGUUGCUAUGCAGGCCUGACACUGUGGCUCACCACUGAAGCAUCUCCUAACAGCUGGAGGAGGUGAAGGCCUGCUGCAGCAUCACACACACACACACACACACACACACACACACACACACACACACACACUCAGUCAGUCUGCACACACACACACACUCACACACACUGUAAACUGUACGUGAAGACACAAACUCACCACGGGAGGCGACAUGUGUUUUGCAAUGGCCCGCUUCUUUAAAAUCAUAAAACGCAAGCCGUGACCUGCAACAUGAGAUCAUUUCCUUUUGUUCCAGCUUUGUUGUACUGAUCUGAGAUGUGCGAGCACGACUCACACACAGGCUUCAGGGUGUGUGAGUGUGUGUGUUUGUGUGUGUUCAUUCAUCCCGCAGACAGCUGACAGGAGAUGAGACGGCAGACAUGUUGCGCACAGAUAGAGAUCUGGAUAGCCGGUUUGGUUGCGGGUCAAAAAAACACGCACAGAAUCAGGAAAGGGCGUCGGAGCGAAUGAGUGCCGCAGCAUCAUCAAGAAAUAUUCUCCAGAUUUACACGUUUUAUUUCCAAACUUAUGAACUCAUGAAGUUUGCAGAUUAACACACAAAAGUUUGACACACUCACACAGAUGCAGAUUUGAGCGAACACACUUCCACUCACGGGUUGUUGGGAAGUGCUUCAGGCUGAGGAUGAGGCCCUGCAUGUCAGCAGACCUCCCUGACGCUGAUGUUGUAGCCACAGGGCAUGAUUGUUAUAUGUGUGUGUGUGUGUGACUGUGUGUGUAUGUGUGCAUUGUGUGCUCGUGGCAUUUAAAGACAGAUGCCCCACACAGAAAAAUCAGCCGACAUGGCAGAUUUACAAGCAAGUGGGCGGGAGAAGAGGGGGAUGCUUUACUGUAACCUCAGUUCACACACACACACACACACACACACACACACACACACACACACACACACACACACACACACACACACACACACACACACACACACACACAUGCACAUAGAGUCCCUCUUGUUAACAAAUGAGUCGUUAAAGCUCAUCUGGCAGUCAUCAGGUCCUUUUGUAUUUGACUCACAGACACUCAGGAUUCAUAUUAACGAGAAAUUGAGUCAUUACUGAAGUAAUAUUUAUGAAGUAAUAACCCUCAUGCUGACAUAAACUUUUAAAAGGAAAUUCAGCUACUUCAUCUGAAAAAUUAACAACUGUUAGUUCAAUGUCUCCUGGUAUUGGUAGACCCAUUCAUCAAGGUCUGGAUCCAGGGGUCAAAGGUCAAAUCAGCGUGUAGAAGAGCCUGUGGAGGAGACAGUUCAGACCUUUAACCACCAGAGCAACACAGCCUAUGAUGCACUUAAAAUGAAACUUAACCCUUUAAUGCCUUUUGUAUCAUAUUUGAUACACACUAUUAUAUACUUCUAUCAACUCAAUAUGAUCAACAAAUAACAAAAAACACCUGAACACAGUCGGAUAAACAAUAAAAAUGUCCUCUUGUGGUUUUUAUCAGUCUCCAAAAACAUCUAAGAUAAAUAAAUAUAUUUGUUAAAUUUUAAGGAUAUUAAGAUAUUUUUUUUGGUUUUCAGUAGUAAAUGAAAUAAACAUUUCAGCUCCAAAAAAAAUGAAUUUUCUGGCCAUAAUUUGCGGUUUCAGGCAUUAAAGGGUUUAAAGGAAGCAUGUUAAAAAUAACUACUGUCUGCUGCGGCACAUAAACGUUUCUGUGCGAAAGCUUCAGCGUCAAAAUGAUCCGAUUAAUAAACAAUAAUAAACAAAAACAGAAGAAUGAAAAGUCUGAGAAACAGAAAGACGAAAAACAGUUUCCUUUUUUUGUAAGUGAAUGCAACACACUUCUGUACUUUUUAGCUCCAAAAUCUCAUUUCCCUAAAAAGCAGAAAAAAGUUCCUGAAGGUUCCUUAAAUCUCUUAUUCGUCUGAUUUCAGGUCAGAUGAUUUAAUGUUUAACUGAUUUGUAAACUCUUUUUUUUCCUCUGACAGCUUUCAGGCCCUGAUAGUUUUAUAGUCCGGACACUAGAGGCCGCCACUGUGCAGGUUUUCAUUGUUUCAUCACUAAUGCAGCAGCUGGAUUAGAAUCAAAAAACAGAGAAAAUUCAACACACACUUUUUCAGACUCUUUGCACACGACACACCCGGGUCAACACACACACACACACACUCCCUGAUGAGGCGGUGUGUGUUGCACAAGCUGUCAGCCUGACAUGUCUGAGUGUGUUUGAUCUCUCUAUCAGGGCUCAGACGCUCGCCUCGUGACCUCUGACCCCCUCUGGUGCAGUGUGAGCGGCGUGCCGAAGGUUCAGAGGUUGAAUGAGUUUCCUGAACGCAGAGACGGGUCACAUAACACACUUAAACACACACAAACUCACACUCACACUCACACACACACACACACACACACUGUGGCUCUCUGUGCUUUUCCCUCAUUUGUCCUCUAAACUAACACAGACAGGAGCGAUCGUCUGUUUCUAAACAGAUUUUGGAAAGUGUGUUUUGAUAGUUCCACCCUCGCUUCCCUCCUGUACGUCGGUGUUUUCUCAACCAGCUAUCAUCACUCCACACGUUUGCUAAAGCGGAGCUGUCAGAUUCAUCUCCAGGACGUCUAGACAGAGUCCAGGGAACGUCUUUUCAUGACUGAGAUUGCAGCCGGUAUCGAAUGAACGCUCACACAAGGAGAGUUCGCAGGUCCAGCGGGUUAUUUUAGUCUGUAAGGAGCCGGUUGGUGUCACAUGGUGGAGCUAAUGGUUUCUAUUUUCAAGACACAAUGCUGCUUCAGUUUCUUGGUGUCACCAGAGGGAGGAAAAAAGAGGGAGAAAGAAGAGAGCGGCAACAUAUGAUCAGCACAUGGGGAUGUCGUAAUUCUGGAUUCAUUAGCAGGACACACUGAAGGAAUCAAAAAAGAGGGGAGAGGGAGGGAGAGGAGAGGAGAGGAGAAGAGGAAAGGGAGAGUAAGAAGAGGAGGAAGAGGAACAAGAGGGAGGGAGGAAGGGAAGUCCAAAAAAAGACAGAGAGAGUCAGAGAGAGAGAGAGAGGAGUCAGAGAGUAGAGACUACAUGUGGCUGUGGAGGGAGUGAUCUGGAUAUGGAGGGGGACAAAUUCUCAGGUAAGACAGACUCAGCUCAGCGUCUCAAACUUUGUCACUCAUCUCUCUCUCCCUCUCUGAUCGAUCGAGUGUCUCUUUCUCUCUCUCUCUGUAGGAGCCUGCCUGCCUCUGUUUCCCCCUCUUUGGUAUUUUCCACUCUCUCAUUCUGUCCUGUUUGCUGACUGCAUGUUUUCUCUGGGGUUUGGAGCUCUGACUGGAGCAGCUUAGUGGACCUGUUUUAGCUGAUCUGUUUAUCUGUUUGCAGGCUGCUUUGUCUCUGAUUCAGCCUCUUUGGGUCUCAUUGUUUCCACUUCAAUACUUUUGCCGCUGCACAUAAAUAUCUCUUUUCCAUUGAAUAAUAUCUCUCGCUCAAAAGUCCAGGGGAAAAUCUUCCACCAGCGCUCAUUUCUUGGCUGUUUCUGUUGCUCUCCCAUUCUUCUGUGGUGUGAAAACAGGAAAGAGCUGUGUUUGAACAGUACUACUCUUGUCCCCCGUGGCUCUGAUCCCACUCCGGCCAUCAGUCAGUCCCUCCUUUAGCCAACAGGACAGAGAAAAGCCCGCUUCAGUGCGCACUCUGCAAACAAAAACCCGUCACAGUUUUGCACGUCUGUCUUUGUUUUCCGUGAUAGAUACUGUAAACAAUCUGCAGCGUAUAUUGAUGGCGGUUUGCCGUGGGUGUGUGUUUUUGUCUCCGCGUUGUGCUAAAGUCAUCAGUGAGGCGAUGCUGUCUGCUUCUUAAUGGUAUUUUUAUGGGUGUUAGUGAGAGCAUUGUUGAAGCUCACGCUCUUCAGCUGCAGCAGCGUGUGUGUGUGUGUGUGUGAGUGUGUGUUGUGGUUACCUUGCAUAGUUUGUAGCACCUACAUGCUGUGUUAAAUCUGGAUGUAGGUGAGACCAUUCACAAGUUUGCAUGCGAGUCUGUGUGACUCUCUCUCUCUCUCUCUCUCUCUCUCUCUGUCAUUGUGGGCCGUGUCUCCAGGUGCUUCCUCCAGGGACUCAGCAGGACAUUCAGUUUGUGUGUUUCUUUAUGAAUGAUUGUUGACUCAUGUGUUUAUGCACUCAUACACCUCAGUGUGUUUGUAUAGUUGGCGGAUUUCCCCAGAAGGAAAAGUUGACCAGCCGGGCUGUGAUGUUAAAAUCUACUUUAAUGCACAAUCAGAGCAAAAAAGAGAAGAGAGGACGGGUUUAUUUUAAAGGCAUGUAUGCGACGAAGCAAAUUAAAAUGUAAAAAGGAUCAUACAGAAGAGGGCCACUAGAAAAAAAUUCCAAUAUAAUUUUUUAUUAUAAUUGUUAUAGUGAGAUUUAAGUAUGAAUUCUGACUUUAAUAUCAGAAUUCUGAGAUUAAACUGUAAAGUUAGAAUUCUAAGAUCAAAGUCAGAGAUCUGAGAUUAAAAUCAAAAGUCCGAAAUCUGCAAUUCAAGUCAGAAGUUGCAAUUCUGAGAUUCAAGUCAGAAUUCUGAGAUUAAAGUCAGACUUCUAAGAUUAAAUUUAGAGUUCUGAGCUUAAACACUCAAAUUAGAAUGCUGAAAUUAAAAUCAGAGUUCUGAGAUUAAAGAUUUAAGUCAGACUUCUGAAUAAAAAGUCAGAAUUCUGAGAUUAAAGUCAGAGUUCUAAGAUUUAAAUCAGAGUUCUGAGAUUAUCGCAGAAUUCUAAGGUUAAUGUCAGAAUUCUGAGAUUAAAAAUCAAAGUAAGAAUUCUGAAAUGACAGAUUAAAGAUAGAAUUCUGAGAUUAAAGUCAGAGUUCUGAGAUUAAAGAUUUAAGUCAGAAUUCUGACCCUUUUUCCUUAGAAUAAUUUUAAAAAAAUGAAACUUUUUUUUUUUUUUUUUUAAUUCCAGUGGCCCUAUUCUUCUUCCAUAGAAUCAGGAAAAAUGUCAGACAUUUGAAAAGAUUCAAAACAAGCCAGAACAGAAUAAUCAAGUUUCAGAAUAAAAGUUUAAAAGCUGAAGCAGAUCAAACACUUUUUACUCCACCUGUCCAAUUUACAAUCAACACCCCUUCAAAAUAAAAGCAUUUCUUUUUCACAAUACAUAAAGUAAAGCAACUAAUAAAGGAGCACAAAUGCUUAAGGUUGCUCUACAAAAACUUUGAUCUGAAAUCCUGUUUUCAGUCGCUGCAGCUUCAUCGUCAGUGCGCCUAAAAUAAAAAUUGUUUUGCAGCCACACAGAGCCGUAAAACUCAUGUUCGUGUUCAGACCCAACAGUUGUUUUAAAACCUCCUCAAUUUGCACGUAAGCUUGAAGUCAGUGUAAACUGACAGUUGCAGUGUCCUGAUGGUAAAGAAACUUAAAUAUUGAAGCGAUUAAACUCUAAUUUAUUUAUAUUAUAUCCCAUAAAGCUAACUCUCAGCAUCCAGAUCUCUUUUUCUCAUAGCACCAUUUAAACUACUGACACUCUCUGUGAGGUUUCUAUCUCAAUAAAAAAUAUGAAUAAUGACAUUUAAUCCUCGCCACAGAGUCUAAGAGGACAUGAGUGAGUUUUGAGGAGGUUUAAAACUGUACGAAACAUGGAUGUGGUCACAGUGACGACCCCACUGGUGUUCAAAGCAGCUUUAAAGAUGGUGGUCGCCAUAUUUGAAAUGCUGACUCCACUUAAUUUUCAUCAAUAUCAACCACAUGCUCCUAAAAAUGGCUGAAUCUGCACGAGUCUUAAAUGAAGAAAAGAGCCUCUCAGACUGAUGGUUUCAUGCAGCAGCCUGUGAACAUGUUUAUUUCUGCUCUCACAGAGUUUCCUCGUCACUUUAUUGGCCUCCUUUUUCUACUCUGGUGCUUUAAACUAACAACAGAAAUCAAAGGGAGGAGACGUUAACCGCUGAGGCUGCUGGGUAAAUAUAUCACUCCCUGAGGCAAACUGAAGGCAAAAAUCCCCUUAAUGAGUUAUUGUCUGUUUGCGCUCACAUGCUCACACUUAAUAAAUAAUCUCAUUAAUUUUCUCACAUGUUUUUAAACUGGUAUCAUGAUCACAUCCUCCUUUCUCAGAUUAAUUCACUCCUCCUCGCUCCGGGCGGCGAUGCUGACUCUGCGCGGCUCCUUUUGUUUCCUGUGUUUUUUGCUCCCAUGAGUCACAGCGAUGAACGGAAACUGUCCGUCGCCCACUCUGAGAUUAUGAAUAACGGUGCUGACGUGUCCUGUUGGUUCCAGUCACAGCGAGGUCAGCUGAUGUUUGAGGAAAGUCUGUUUGACACAGACUCGGUCAGCUCUGACUGAGGCCUCGGGGGUCAGGACUGAAGCAGCAAACGCAUCAGAUAACGGAGCUGACCCUCAUAAAAACCUCUUAAUGAUUAAGAGACGCCAACCACAGACAUAUUUGUGAUUUACCCAAACUUUUUGUCCUUUUGAGUCAAACUCUCCUUUCAUUCAGAGAAAUGACGGGAAUAUUUCCACCAUGUCUGCUCUGUUAUCUCACCUCAGCUCUACCUGCUUUAAAGUCGGCAAACAGAAACUCUGCAAAUGCAUCAGGGACUUUCUCAGUUUUUGCAUCUAAAGAAAAAAUAUGGAGCCUUUUAAUGAAGAAGUGACCGUGCUGCAGGUUACUUAAAGCUCCUGUGAGGAACUUUUGGUUUGGAUAAACUUUGGCGCCUCCUGAGGACUUCACAGUCUAAAGUAGUGACUUCUGACAGUCAAAUCUAUCAUGUCUUUGUGAAAAACUACAUAUAAAAAUCCCCUAUCUCGUUAGUGAUGGUCUUGUUUGCUUUUGGAAACUGUAGAGAGGAAUUUUAAUGCUUUACACAAAAGGUCAAACCGUGGUCCGAGGUCAGACCUGGGCUUGAAUCCUAAAGAUGAGGCGCUUGACUUAAAAUGUCGCCCAAAAGAGUAAAUCUGCUGAUCCGGGGUUUCAUAGUUUUGCAUAUUUACAUUUAGCCUCCACAAAAGUUGAUGCAUUCACUUUCAAUCAUGUGAUAAUAAACACUUCAUUUCACAGGAAUAAAAAGAGGACUCAAAAGUGAAGAAAUUUUAAAACACGUCAUUAUAAUCCGGCUAAAAUCAACUCAAUCUGAAGUUUUACAGUCAUAGCUUUCACCAUUCGAUUCAGCUGGAUGUGAUAAAACAUUUAAUUCAAUAUUUCUCGACUUUUUUCCUCUCAAAGACUCUUAAACUGCACCCAUUUAUUCUUUUGUUUCAGUUUGUUUCAUAUUCCUCUGUUUGUUUGACUUUUAGAUGUUUCAUUACAAAUUGCAAAAGUCCUAAACUAAUAAAACUUGUCUGUUAAUACCAUGAUACACAUUUUGACCACCAGGUGUCGGUGUAGAGUUGGGAAAUCUAAGAUAUCCUUUUUUUUAUCAGCCUCUCUUGAUGUUUGGCUGAUUUGUCUUUCUCUUUCUUCAACCUGUACGAACAUUAUCCCGCUGAGUUUAAGGAGAGGUAAACUUAGACUGAGCUGCUUCACAGUGAGCCGUGAUUGGUGCUGUAAAGUGAGUCGCUAUGGCAACAUGAUGAGGAAAACAACACCAGAGAGCAGGAGGAGCAACAAGGAUUGCAAAAGAGAGAGAGAUUUUGUCAUUUCUACAUGUUUAGUUUGUAUAUAUUGAUGUUAAAGUCUUUAAAUUGAAAAGAAGGACGACAGAAAGAAAGAGAGAGAGAGAGAGAGAGGCCUAAGAGAGAAUCAUGUCGGAUGGAGGACAGCUGCUCUCUCUAUUUAGGCAGCAGCAUGUGUGCAGACAGUCGAUAGACUCACUCAAACAUACAGGCAAUACUCUCCGCACAGAAAACCACAGAGGCCGAGUAAUUGAAGGGGUAUGCCAGCGUGUGCAUGUGCGUGUGUGUGAGUGUGUGUGUGCAUGCAUGUUUCCAACAGGUGCUGUGUUUGAUUAAAGUUAGCGGGGCCUGGCUGGUGCUGCUGUGUAACAUUUGGUUAAGAGCAGCUGCUGUCACUACAGCUGUGCAUAAACUUUAGACGGAGCUCAUGCAGCAUGUGGUGUCAGAGGCCGCGUUAGGGGCUUUCGUACGUUUGUUGCAUCAAAUAUAGCAAACAGUGCGAUUUACUUUAUGUGUGCAUCUACAACUGUACAACAUGAUGUUUGCUGAGGUCGACCCUCCGUCCUGAUUGUAUUUGGUGCAUAUCCUCUCCAUUUGGUAUCUUUGUUUUUAUCAUGUUGUUUUUUUUAAACAACCGUAACUGGAAAGAGAGGAGCCAAAAAUGAGAGAGGGGACAUAAAAAGGUCAAGACAACAUGGAGCUACUUUAAAAGCCUUGAACCCUCUUUUAUUCACUGGUUGAAUAACUAAAUCAAUAACUUAACCAUCUGAAUUUUAUGACAUAUGGACGAUAUUUCUGGAACUGUUGAAAGAUGAAGAUAUGGAGGAAACAGUGUGAGGAUGAGAUAAUGAAAAAUAGUUUGUUGUUGAGCGUGUACGAUGCAACCUAGAUAAGAUUAUUAUUAUUAUUAUUAUUAUUAAUAAUAGUAAUUGAUUAUUAUUGAUAUUAUUUGAGAUUAUUAUUAUUAAUUAUUUUAUUUAUGUAUCUAUUAUUUAUUGCCUAGUAAUUUUUUGAUGAAUUUGUUGGUUUAAUCUUUUUAAUUAUUAAUUUUAUAUGGACAAUUUUUUUUCUCAAAAUUUUCUAUUUUUUAUGUUGUGUUUUUUCUUUGUAAAGCUUCUUUGAGCACCUGUAAAAGCGCGUUAUAAAUAAAAUUUAUUAUUAUAUCAUUAUUGUUACAGCUCCAUCUAGUGGUCAAAGUGUGAACUACAUAGUUAAGAGGCAAUUCAUUUCUUAAGACUGGAGGUUUGUGCUUGAAUAAAGACACAGUGUAAUCAUAUUUAAACAUGGGACUCUAUGGAGAUUGAUCCAGUUUUGGAGACAGCCUCAAGUGGCCACUAGAGGAACUGCACUUUUUUUUUUUUGCACCUUUAUGUCUCGGCUGUAAAUUGCAGCUCGAUGUUGAAUAACGACUCUCAUCUGUUUGGAUUUCUUUUGUCUGCAAACAUUUUGAAGGUGUUGGACACUCUCUAAUCUCUCCCUCACUUUUCAUUCCCACACUGAGCUGAAAGCAGAAACCUGCGCUGAACGCCAGGCUCCUUUCUGGUUGUGUUUACUGUACCAGAGCUGCUGAUUCCAUUAGUCAUGCUAACUCUGCUCUCUGUCUCUGUCUCUCUGGCUCUGUCUUCUCACACAGAGAAAGGGGGAAAUCUUCCUGCUUCCUUGUUUCCAUUAGUGUCACCUCUCAUUUAUCUUUCUCUAUCUUUGGCCACCUCUCCUCUUCGCUCCUUCUCCUCCUCUCCUCUCUCUGAAGUCCUGCUCCAGGUAAAGCUGCUUAUUAUGGAGGUUGCCAUGUAAACAGAGCUGCGGUAACCAGCCAGUGACGUCCAAGAUACACACACAUAUGCGUACGAAGCACACACGCAAUCAAUGCACACACCGGCCGACGCGCAGCACGCACACACUCGACCUCUUCCAGAUGGCUUAUGAGAUACAGACUGACUCACGGCUGAUUGUCUGCAUCCAGGCCGACAAAGCCUUUGUUGUUUCUGGAUGGACUCAGCAGGAUGUUGGGCUUUCCUCUUUAGCUGAUACUCGUAAUGUUGAACAAAACGAUGAGUGUCUGAACCUGACAUAAUCUGAUCAUUAUUCAUCUGAUUAAACUGGGUCAGGCUGCUCCGACUGAGAGGAUGUAAAACCACUUCAGGAACAAUCACCUCCUUUCUAAACACCAAAUUAUUCAUUUUACAUCUUAUUAUUCACUUAGUUUACUGUUUUGUAACCUCUUAUUAAAAUGGACUCAAACUUUUAAUUUAAACUUUAAGACCGAGGAGAGAGGAGGCAGCGAAGUUAUGAAGCCUUUUUCUGUAAAUCUGUGACUGUCUUUGACUGUCACUGCAGCCUGGCCUCUGUUUAUGGAUGCUCUCCUCUCCUCCUCCUCCUCUGCUCCUCUUGUUUUUCAGCUCUCAUGAGGAGCUCCUCUCAACCGUGGUGGUCUGGGUUUUAUCUCUGUCUCUCUUCAUCUGUGAACCUCACUGCUGUAUAAGACGAGCAGCAGCUGAUUUAAAUUCUUCAUAAUACACUAACGCCUGAGAAGAUUAAUCAGGCUCUUCGCUCUUUACGUUUUUUCUUAUAGCUCUACAUCCGUCAAAGCAAUUCUCAAACCCUGGUUUUUAAAGGUGCUAUAUAAAUAAAGUUAUUAUUACUUCUAUAGACGGUUUAACACAUAGAUGUAGUCUCAGUGACGGUUUCUGAAGUAGAGUUUUGGACAUGCUAAAUCAACUAAACUUUCAGACGACAUAGUAAGAAUAAGGAGGAGGUCUUCAGUCUCUACAGUCAGCUCCUGUGUCCCUGAAUAUACAAAACUAGAACCAAAGCAUCAAAAGAUCAAAACAAAAUCUGUGUUAAUUUUUGAAUGGGUGUGUAUGUGGCUUCAUGCACUUUUGCACUUAGCCUCAAGUGGUCACUCGAGGUACUGCAGUUUUAGCACUUUUGCAGUCGGUGCGUUUACAUGCACAGCUUCAUCAGACUAAGCUCAUAAUUGUUUUUUUCCGCCGACUUGGACUUCUCUCCUUGUCCGUGUAUACGUGAAGCUGAGAAAAUCAAAUUAUUGACGUGAACGUGUCUUCCCCCCAAAACUAGGGAAUGAUAUAUGUCUUUUCAGCAGCGUUGUUUCCGACCCCAUACAACAACAACAGGUCCGUGCCAGACGUCAGAAGUGUCUAGUCGUAGACGAUGUAGGCACUACUUUUUCUGCAGAUGAGAUGCACGCUACUCUUCUUCUCUGGUGUUUUUGUUUCGGGGUUACCGGGGCGUGGCCCAUGCUCACAUGCAUUGUCCGAUCAUACUCUGACUACGCUGGUUAUAUGGUAAAGAAAAUCAAAUUCCAAUCGCAUUAUCUGGGUGUCUUAAUCAGAGUUCUCAAACUUCGAUUAAAGUCGGACUAAGGUGCACUUCAGUUGUCAGGUCUUAGUGUUGUUUUUAAAGAAGUCAGAUAUCGAUUAAUUAGGGAACAGUCAUGCUGAAAGACUCACCAAGAUGAGCAGUUUCAGAGCAUGUCCUUUAAACCAGAUUUGAGCAGAUGCUGAAUACGACCCUGAACUUGAAUAUCAUAAAUGCAUUUUUAGUAUAUUGAACAUUUUAAACAGGCGUAAAUCAUUUGUACUUUCUUUGCUAAGUCAGUUUCAAUCAGGCAUGGUUACUAGGAAGAACUCCUACUCAUAAGGACGCUGAUGCAGAAGCGUCAGUUUGGAGGAAUUCACACCUUAAGAAGCUGAACAUGUUAAUUGACAUGGAUUUAACCUGACCUGAUGUAACCUUGCAGUGUUCUGCGCCGUUCCUAAUGCAAAGUUAUUUCUGCUAACGGCAGGUUAGACUGUUUUUAUUUCAGCAUCACUGUGAAGGUUUAAAUGCAGCUCUUCUUCACAGAUCAGAGCUCCAAAUGUCUCCUCUCAGUGCGACAGUUGUUUCUGCAGAUUGGAUUAGCGCUGUCAGGGCUUGCUGGGGCUUGCAGGGAUAUGCAGUGGAAGGAAGUGUGCUUUUAGUUUUGUGUGUGUGUGUUUGAGCAGGAGGGCUGGGUGCAGGGCCCAGUGCAUGCUUCAUAUUUUUGCAUGCAUCUGCUGCACACAUUUUUGUUGUCAGUGUGUGUGUGCACAUGCAUGCAGCUCAGUGUGUCUGAAUAUGAGCGUGUGCCAGAGAGCGCAGGAAUCUGACACACAUGCGCUGGGCAGGACACACUCUGUGGGUUGAGGGUGUGUCUGGAGAGCAGGAUUCUCCCCGUGUCUCCAUCUUUAUCUGUUUCCAGAUCACAUUACUGUGUGCUCCAACACUGCUAACACACUGUUGCCUAUAGCGACAUGUUUUAUUUAUAGGAGUUACGCUGACCUCUGCUGGAGAAAGUUGGCGUCAAACUUCAUGAAAUCACCUCAGGUAUGCUCAUAGAGAAGUGGGCAUGAGUGUGAAGGCUGUGGAUAAAAAGAAUAAACUUAAAGUCUCCAAAAGUUUCACUAAAGUUUUCAUGAAAGUAAAAAGACUGAGACUUCUCCUUCACAUUUUGUGGCUUACAUUCUUUGCAUAAAUCAACAGCAGGAAAAUAUGCUGCAGGACGAAUAUCUGAUUACAAGUUUUGGAAAAGCAAGGCUGCAAAAGUUUCUGAAUCAGUGCAUUUGUACGUGUUUGGGCACAUCUGUGUUAAGGAACACUAAAUAUGUUUGAAUCAACACAAAAUAUAAACUUAGACUCAAAUGUAAGCAACAAACCGGCUGUCAGACAUGCAGCAUUUCAGUCCCAAACCCUCUAAAAUAAAUCAAGACCACUGCAAUCAGUUACUUUUCAGCCAGAUACAGUCAGGGUUGAAAAGUGAAAGCAGCAGGUAGAAGUCAGGAAAAAUCACAGAGAUCUGGAGGCCAAGAGCGAUGACUCUCAUGUCAAAUGUUUGCGUCUCAAUUAGUGCAAUCUUGGUGUAUGUAAUGAAUCUGCUUUGGGUUAAUUUUUUGCAUGAGGUGAUGAUGAUAAUUUGUGCAUAUGCAAAUGCUUGUUGCAUUGAUAGAAAGGUAAAAACUGUCAUUAAAAUUGCAUUAUCUCGGGUGAAUCUUGACAAGAAUGUGAUCCACCUCUAUGAUAUAAUGUCAAUAUGGAUGUUUGCUCAACAUGUGCAGAAAUGUAAUAUCAAAUAUUUCUUGAAAUAGGGUGAUGCACCUUUAAAUUUUAUCACUCCUAGUAUCAUUCACUGAUUUCAAGCAAGUCUUAGUGGGACCCCCAGGUAUGAGAAUUAAAGUCCUGUAGGUGCUGACCAUAGACUGUAUAUAGAAUGGACGCCGUCUGCCUCCUCGCUAAGUAAAGCCACCAUGAGAACAGCACCCUCUGUUGACGGGCUGCAGUAUAGGUCAUAAAUCCCACCUCCUCCAUUAAUCCCUGUAGAGCUGUGGACAAACUUUAGACAUUUUUUACAUAGAGCAUAAAUGUUUCUCCCCCUGGUUGCGAUGUUGACAUGUGGUUAUUGUAACUAGUUGCUCCAUUUUUAAAAGUUAUUAGGGGGUUCAUGAUUUCUAUGAUUGACACUUGAUACAGCCUAUGGGCGUACGAAGAUUGUGUGGGGGCGUACAAGGAUUGCGUAACUCACCCAGGGGAUACGUUGUUUGAGCCGAGCCUCAUCACAGCAACUCUCCUGCUGAAUAGGUACAACACUACUGCGCAAUGUUGGUUCCAGGAAGUGAAGAAAAAUCCUGAAAUGCCAAGAGUGAUUCGGCUUCAAAUUCGUAUAAUGAUGGAAGGCGGAGCCAACUUGUCCAUAGUAUAUAGAGUCUAUGCUGGUGGAGCCACGACACACAAAGACUGAAAGUUUUGUUAUGUUAUAUUACAUUGCAUAAAGCUGCAUUGUUUUGUAGUGCAUUGCAUUUUAUUAGUUUGCAUAGUCUCCUUCCAUUACGAUGCAUUGUGUUGCACUCUUAUGCGUUACAUAAUGUUGCAUAAUGUUAUGUUUAAUUGUGUUGCGCUGCAUUAUUUUACAUUGGUUUGUAUUAUGUUUAAUUGUAUUACUUUGUAUUGCAUUCUGUAAAUAUCGUUGUUUUUUAGUUCGAUUCCUUUCCUCCACUUUGACCAGCUGGUACAGACUGCUGCAUGAGCCUUAUAACAGUCAGAUGUGUCGCUCACUGAGCAUCCUAAAUUUAUACUCUCCAUAUUCAGGGUAUGGUGUUCACAUGCAUACUGAGCAACCUGGUUCUCUGUAUGCAUGCUUGAUACCAACUUUACAGUUGCUGCAUCUUAGUUUUGCUUGUAUACGUGAUGUUUAUCAACACCUCACUGUGCAACUGCAAAUCGCGGUUAACCAACUUGUCCACCACAGCCAUGAAUAGGUCAGUACUUUGAUGCUCAUCCUCUCAUUGCUCAGAGACAAAACUCAGUUUCUUGAUCACUUCAAAAUAAGACGCUGUUGCUGCCACCAGCUAUCAGAAGGUGGAGGAUAGUGUCAUAGUAUUCAGUUUUCAUUCUAAGGUUUGCAGGUUGCAAAUUCAGGAUCCUCAAAAGUCUCUGUAAAUGCGCUUAUUGUGAAAACUGGCUGUUGUAAAUGUAGAGAAAGGCUGUUUCUUCAGUGUGCUGUCAAACAUCUGGUUGGACAUCCAGCCCUGCAGCAGCUGCAGGAAUCCAAAAUGACAAUAUAGGGAUUGUUCUGUGUUGUUGCUGAUGGUCCUGUUUUGUUUUGCAGCUCAUAAAAGGGCAUGAGGAUUAAUCUUAGUGUUUCAAAAUCAGCCUUAAACUCCUUACAUGGGCCAUAAAGAUGUACUCCCUGUCGUAAAUGUCACUUUUUACAGUCUGUGUAAUUCCAGUUUUCACAGGGGGUGAGGAAGAGCAGAACUUUAUACCUCUUAAAGACAGUGGUUUUAUCUUUUCCGAGCAGGAGGAGAAAUGGCGUUUUAUUCACAUAUAGUCUCUGGACAUGUGCGUACAUACACCUUAGAUACAGACCUCCCCCGACUGCCACAUCCGCCCUCUUCCUUGCGAGCACACACUGACCCACGCCCCUGUCCUUCCUCCCCCCUCUGCCCCCCUCACACUCCCACACAGAGGCUCAUUCACACAGUCAUUAAGUCAUUAGGCUACUUAUUUAUUGAUGUCUGCCUCCAGAGCGAAUGAGCAUGUCAGACGAUCUACUGACCGCCUGUGUGAGCCCGUCCUGACCAUAUUAGUGCAUACUUUAAAUCUGUCUCCUCUCUGGAUUUAUUUUUCCAACUUUUUUUCCCAUCCACUGUGAGAUAAGUUGGACCGUAUAUGUCUUUAUUAUGUGAUUCUUCAUUUAUGAGGAUGAUUUAAGCAGAUUCAACAGAAGAAAAAAUCUCAGUUUUACUUUUUUUCCCCCUUUGACUGUGUGUCAGUCAUGUGAUCGGGCCUACAGGAAGUGUGUUCGAAUGUUAGCAUGCGUAUAAUUGGACCAGCCCAGUCAAAAAUGAGAGCUUUCACAGAGUCAGAGAGGAAGGCUGCAGAAGGGGAGGGAGGAAAGAAGGGAGGGAGGAAAGGGGGGAGGGAAGAUAGUGAGUAAGAGAGAGAGAGAAGAGAGAGAGAGAGAGAGAGAGAGAGGGUGGGGGGUUGACAUCGCUCGCCCAUUCCUAAGUGUGCAAGUUGAGAAGGAGGAGAAGAGAAAAAUAAGUUGCAGCUUUAAGGAAGAGAGGGGAGACAGAGCGAGGGGUUUGGAUCCGUGAGCUUGAGUGUUUUUUUUUUUUCCUCGCUCCCCUCCUCUCUUCUGCACGGGCUCCUAAUUUGGGAUUUGUUUGAAAGCGGGACUUCGCCCCAGGAAGACUUUUUCCUCGCUGGGGAAAGGGAACCCAGCUCCCUCUCUCUCUCUCUGAGAUCACACACACCCUCACACACACACACACACACACACCCGCUCCCCAAAAUGUCUGAUUCCACUGUCAACGCUCACUUGGAGGGGAUCAUAUCAGACUUUGAAGGUUAGUUUUCUCCGUUUUCGGCUCUUCUUCUUGUCACUCUGUGGAGUGAGGCACUCUGUAACCCUGCCAUGAGGACACUAUAGAUGGUUUCCACAUGUUUGAUCUGAUCUGGAAAAACAGACAGAGUGAGGGAUUGAUGACGUCUGAGCUGAGCGGCGGUGUUUUGAUAGUGCGAUCCUGCUGAAAGUGUUGCUUUUAACUUCUCCUGAACUUAGUUUGAGACCUGUGAGUGUGUGUGUGUGAGAUAGUGUGUGUGUUUUUAGAAAAGAAAUGCCUAACCAAGACUUUGUGAGUACAUGACGAUGCAACAGUGUGACCCAAUAUCUCCUUUUUUACGAUUCUUGAAGAUGCAGAGUGUUUUUAUCAGUAGUUCAGUCAUAUUUGGAUGGAUGUGGAUUAUUAAAGUCGACUAAAACCCGAGUUUAAAGUUGCACGCACCUGAUGAUCCAGUCUUGGCGUCUACAUUUGCAGCAUUUGUGUAAAACUGAGUAACUAUGAUGUUUUUUAUACCUUAAAGCUCCUGUGAUGAUGUUUUGGUUUAUGUCGACUUUGGCGCCCCCUGUGGACAGAGUGGUACCUCUUGUUUCUAAUGGUUUUAUUCCAAGCAGCAAACUCUAGUGUCCCCUCUUUUAGGGCUGGCUCCAAAAGUCCAGGAGACCCCAUGGGCACCAGUGUCCUCAUUUCCCUGGUGGUACAGGGGCGUGACUGACGUGUCUGACAGGUGGACACACUGUCGUCCUCUAUUGUGUUGCAGUGAGAUGUAUCAUGUACAAAUGUGACCAGUUCAGUAUUUUACCCAGAAGAUGGCGCUUGAAGACGCAAAUGGCAGUGCUGUUUCAUGUGAGCUUCACAGCUGCAUAUAAACUGAACAUUGCUGACCGUGACGGUGGUCUUCAUGCAGGAGGACAGUUUGAAUCUUUUCAUCUGUUUAACUGUCAAACUUAACUCACAUAACAGUCUCCAUCGUACACAUAAUGUACAUACACUCUUGUACAGUUUCAGGUUUUUGUAAAAAUGGUACUUCUGUGAAAAAGUAAGGUAUUCAUUUUUAGAUUUUUGAUAAUUUGCUGCAUCUGUAUUAGUAAAAGAUGGCCUCCUGGGUGUUUGAGAUAAUAUUGCUUAGAGAAAGUGCACAGAAUCGAAAAUAUCCAAUCUCUAUCAAAGCUAACUUCAUAGUAGAGAGGGCAAAGAGCUGUGUGUGUUUACUGUAUGUCGAGUCAGAGGAAAGCUUCUGACCGCACGGCCGUGAGGGGAACACCUGGCACACCUCCCCCCUCUCCUCCACCUCCCUCUUUUCAUCCCUCUGCCCCUGGCCCACAGAUUCCCCCUGUCAUCCCUCUCCUCCCACUCUUCCUCCUCCUCCAUCCUCCGGCUCUGCUUCCCCCUCUCUCUCAGUGGCUCGUCCAUCCUCGACCCCUCUCUCUCUCCUCUGCUGGAGGGGAGAGGGUGGGUGAGGUGGGGGAUUGACAGGCCGACACCUCUCCCCCGAGUUGCGGCCUAUCUGACUAUCAGUCUCCUGUCUCUAACAAACACACACAGCCAUUAGAAACACAUCCACACUUGUCCAGGGCUGCCCCUCUGUCAACACCAGUUAGCUCGUGGUAUGUACGGGGGACUCUCUGCCUCUCUCUGACUGCUGCUCUUUACAUUGAAGGCUUACUCAGUGCAGCAGAGCAGAAAGAUAAGUGGUAUUCAAAAUAAAGGAGAGGAGGAAAAGUGUGUUUUAACCAUGAGGUUCGGAGUCAUGUUUGAAGCCGUCCUUCGCUCAUGUGUAACACCAACAAAAAGACCGUCUGUUGUCAUUGUCGGUGGUGUGUGUUGCUCCUGGAUGGGCCGAGUGUGUGGUAAGACCUCGGUGUCACCGUGAUGUAUGGCUCUGCGAGGCUCAGGGAGUACAGCAUGGCACAGAUGCUGCAGGAGAGUGAAUCAGAGUUUAGUUUAGUCCACAUACUAAAAAAACAAAACACAGAGAGGAAACAUAAAAGUACUGUAUGUUUGUGGGUGUGGUGGAGGGCUGUAAAAAAAUCUUGUAAAAACAAACGAGAAAGGCUCAUUAAAGGUUAUACAAACAUAAUAAAAUCACUUAUACCAUCUAAAUAUUAGUGUUCAGGCCUAAAGUGCUCUGAAACAACAAGUGGGUAAGAAUGAGGGCGACAAAAUUCAGCAUUAAAAACAUUCAAGUUUAGAAACUUUGAGGAGAUUAAAUCACAGGAUGUACCACGUUUAGGGGAGUUUCUCGCUCUUUUCGCUCUGCAGGAAAAUCUGGCAAAAUCUGCAACAGAUAAUUUAGCUUUUACUGACUUUUGUUGGGACGAAAAUUGGAUCCUGUAUCUUGUUCUGCGUAUCCAAAUUAAUGCAUAACACAUGCAUGGAUUUACGUCACCCCGCUGUAGUCCGUAAUGGACUGGCCCGAAGUUUCGCUACAAAGAAGCAGCUGCUAGAAGAGAGUAGGUGAGUUGUGUUUAGUCUCUUUGCUAAAGUAAUCAGAAAUUUGGUGGCUAGUCCUAUGGCUGGCCUUGGACCCUAUAUGUCCUGUUAAUGAAGUUAGGUGCUGUUCUGAGCAUCAUUUGUGGCUAUAGAGUGGCGUUUUGGUUGAGGUUUGUUUACCGCUGUGUAUCACUAUCGUGCGCUUGUUGCUAAAUUGGUAUAACUAGAGAAGCAAGCGGCAACAUUCAUCUCUCGAUGGGGUGUCUAACUUGGUGUUACGGUGUGUUUGACCCUGAAUUAAUUUUACACCGGAGUAUCCCUUUAAAAUGCUCCCUUGCUCACCCCUUCCAUCAGUGAAGGGUUGGUGGCCUUCAAGGGCAAAAAGCUCCUGAUUGCAUAAGUUUGAUUUUCCAUUUGAAUGUUUCCAAAUUCUUUUGCACACAAACUGGUCAGUUUCCUGCUACAACUCUUUAAAAACAAACAUGUGUCGGUUACUAGUUUGUUUUGGGCCACCGUAGAAAUAUGAAAGUACAAGAUGGCAGCCUCCUAGAAAGGGUUUCAUGUUCAGGUGGUUGUACUUUAAUUUAAACAUUGACUAUUUAUGAAUAUCCUCUUCUACUUCUUCCUAAUCCUCUCACUUUACUCUUUGAGGCUCACACUGCUGUAUUGUUGCUGCAGUUUGUGCGACUUAAACGCCUACUUAUAGUGUAUAACGCAGAAUCCCAGCAGAUUAACAUUAUUCCUAAAUUGAAACACUGACUCCAGAAAGCCAAAGCUGUCUGAGUUUAUCUUGUGAAGUUUCAGAGAGUUUUCUCAUUGUCAUUAUUGAGUGUGAUUCAGUCUGAGUUGGUGUUAGCUGAUGACGCCCAUGAGGUUGAUGACCUCAGCCGUGACUUCACCCUCACAAACCGACCCAGAUCACUGACCGGGACACUCAGCUUCCCGCUCAGCUCAAUGAAAACACACACAGUCAUACAGAGUCACUCCGCUCUUUUAAAGUGGUUUCUUACAUCUCCUUUUCCAGCGAAAAAUAUCUGCAAUAAAGAAAAACUAGUUGGCUUUUAUCCCUGAAAAUAUCUGGCUUACAUUAGUUGCUAUCUCGAGGGAGAGGACGAUAAAACUGAGUCUCUUUCCCCUGUUUCUCCCUGUUUCUGUAGGCUGCAUGUUAAGGGCAUUCACAGGCUGAGUGAAAGGAAAUUCCACAGGAGUGGAUUUCUGUGGUGGGUGAAAAUGUCGGGGUAAGCUGUGGAGGAGUGGAUCUGAGCACAGCCGGUUUCUCUCUUUAACCACGGGGACAACACUUCUUUUCAAAGUCAGGGACAAAGUUAGAGUCCUGAUCAACCUUAGGAGUGGACGGAUAUUAGAGAUGCUGUUCUUCUUUGCUGUGUAGAGCUACUCCAGGUUUCACAGAUUUGUAGUUACAUUUUUGUUUAUUUACAAACCUUAAACCUCAAACCAAAUGCAAGACAACUGUUAACAUCGCCUCUAAAUUAGGGGACCCGUCUUGUUUUGUAGGACAAAACAUCUUUAUGUUGACGUGAGAAAUUGGACGAGGGAUCAUGAAGCCCUCCUAAAGGAAAACUGUUAUUAUAAGGCAACUACCACUUAGCUGUGGUUUGGGAUUUUUUUCAGGAACUCUGUCAAAGUUAGUUUGUGCUCUGUGACCCUAAAUGCUCUGAAACUGUGCUAUUAAGAAGCAACGGUGGAAAUUUCCCUUUAACUAACAGAAGAAAAGAGUCAAUGUGGCGUGAAUGUAACAGUGAAACUCUUGUCUUGUGAUCAAACAUCAGGGAAGUUCGCUGAUAACACCUCAGAGGGAGGAAGUGUCCUCUGGUUAUCUCCGUCCUCAGAAGCCUCCCACCACAGCAGGAUUAUCAAUAAGCCCCUCAGUCCCCUGUUGGAAAAGGUUUCCUGCCCAUGACGCCAACAGCAUGGGAGCCCCAGGGAGGAACCCAGGGUCACUCUGAGGUGGAGCGAACACAGCAGGUCUUUGUCGUGACCCUUUUGAGUUUUUUACCAUGUUGGACACGAGGAGUGAAACCCACACUGAUGCAAAACUCAAGAAAGCGCCCUCGGUGAUCAAAAGUCAGCAUGCUAGGGCUAAAAACAACUAGCAUGUGAUGAUAGAUUUUCUUUUGUGCACUGUGAAGAAAGUUGUUUUCGGUCUUUUGGGAAUGGAAAGUGUGCUUGACGGCCGUAAUAGUCGCCUUCAGGGAGGAAAGUUGGCUUUUGAGGCUGUAUUUAAGCGCCAGAUGCUUUUACUCCUGUGAUCCAAAGCAUUUUCUGGCAUCCAGUUCCCUUUUAUGCUACUGUGACAAACCGCAGACCCUUUGUUUUUGUUUCUGAUGGUGACUUUAAGUAACUUCAGCUGUAAGUGCUGAAGACAUCAAACUGGCUGCUUUGUGAAAAUGUCCCCAAAUUCUAGCUGUGGUCGAUUCGUUGACACCCUGGAUUGCGUUGGUUAUGGUGAGGAUAGUUUAAUAUCUGCUCCGAUCAUACAGUGGGAUAGCCAACUCCUGCAGAUGAGUCCAGAUGUAUGGGGAGUGACUCUGCAUGUGUGAAGUCAGCCGAAUGGAGGAUAAGAUUGGGAUACACUCUCCUGUACUCAUGAGGGAACUGUUCUGGACUGUAGUGUCUCUACUGUGGUAUCAACAAAUAAAGAUAUAAACAAAUCCAUAUGCAAUCAAAAAUAAAAGUGCAUAUAAAUUAAAAUCACAGUUUAUCAUUGUGCAUUAUCAAUAUUGUGUAGACUUAGAGCGGUGGUUCUCAACUGGCGGGUCCCAACCCAAAAGUGGGUCGUGGACACGUUCUGGAUGGGUCGCAUACAGCUGGUCAAAAAAGUAAAUGUUUAAUGCCAACUGAUGUUUGACAUGUCUUUUCUUCUGAAACAUAGCUUAUUUUGAGAGGCUCAUGUUCACGUUAGCCAAUGCAACAACCAUUAACUCGAUGCAGAGUUUGUGUCAUGAAGAGGGGGUAAGAUGGCAAAGCGACCCAGGCCAUUUGAAAUGUGGAUUUGCGUUUAUCAAGGUUAAUAAGGGACAGAAACCCCAGUGUGUAAUAUGUAGUGAGGUGCUUGCAAAUGAGAGCAUAAAACCGUCCAAACUGAAGCGCCAUUUGGAAACAAAACAUCCUGCAUAUAAAGACAAGCCGGUAGAGUUUUUUCAGAGACAACCCCAAAAUCUGAGGACUUCACAGAAGUGUCCAAGCAAGAGGAAGCCCUCUUGUGUUGAGUUUUACCAGAUUGUAGUUUCCGUCUUCAGUUUGUGUGCUCUGAAAUGCACUUUACUAAAUAAAAUGGGUGUAUUUAUGUCAAAGAUUUGAGUCUUUAAAGGUUUUUUUUAUAGAAAAAAAAAUUCUUGCUUGGUUUGAAUUCUGUACAAGUGGGUCGUGACUUAAGGACCAUGGGAAAAUGUGGGUCCCAGAGUGAGACCAGUUGAGAACCACUGGCUGAAAAGACCCCAAAGGCCUUGGUAAGCUCUUAAAACAGCUCAUUUUGGAGUCCUGUUUCACAUGUUGUAGUGAGAAGAAAAAGCUCCAUUCCUGGAUCUGUAAUAACGGGGUGCUGAAUCCUAAAACUGUAUCCAUAAAUGGGAAAAUGUAAAGACAGCACUCAAAGUUGUGUGUAUAUACAAGCCACUCAAUGAAUACAUACAACUUGGAGAGCUGUCCUUAUGUUUCUCUGUUUUGAACUCAAUCACCUGCCAGAUGGUGACUCUCUGUUGUAUAUAAAAGAAUCAGAUUACAUGACUAACACAGGUCCUCUGUUGGUAAGUCUAUAUUAUAAGUCUAUAUUAUAAACACACAAGAUAUAUUAAGAAUUCAGUGUAUCGGGGGUGUGAGUCCAAGAAAAUCUCCAGUUUUGUAACUCUUUGUUAACAGAUAUUGAGCCCUCUGUUGUUGUUGGACUGCGCUUAAUUAAAUUAGCAGCUUGAUAGAACUUUGAUUAUCAGUUCUCCUCGACAAAUGAAGACAAAAGGAGAGACUUCAUCUUUUUAUCCGUUACACUCCUCUCCUGUCACGCUCAGAGAGGCGUUGAGAAUGUCCAUGCGGUGCUCAUCCAGUACAUGCUACACUGGAGAACACAACAUCAUCAUCAUCAUCAUGUGAUUUUCUGGGAGUUUCAUAUCUUCUCGUGUGUGUUGGAUGAGAAACAUCAUGCUUGGCUGAGAGGUCAUCCUUAUUUGGAAGUUUGGUCUGCAGGCAUGUUUACAUGAUAUCACUUAGAACAGUGCCCGACAUUAAUGAAGGUCAGAAAUCUUCAAAGCUUUUUCUUAUAAUUCUGGGUGAGAUGAGAAGAAAAGAAAGGGGGAGGUAGCGGUUAGAGAGAGAACCAAACUUUAGUGUUUGGAAAGGCUGUGAUUACAGCUUUAACUUCAGAGCAACAGGAGUGUAAAAAGAUAACGUUUACAACUUAUACAAACUAAUUUCUGUAACACUGUAGAGAUAAGUAAAGUUAUAAUCUUGAUUACAUAGAUACUCAAAGAGAAAGGGAUCAAAAGCUACAUUUCCACCAAAAAUACCCAGAACUUUUAUUCCUAAGAGCUAAUUUCUAAGAGUGUAAAAGGUUCCUCUGGCUCUGUGUUGCCUGGGUUUCCACAGCAGUUUAAAGAUGGUAUGAAAGAUUAGAAAUUUGUCAGCUGACAUAUGAAAGCAUCUUUAAAAUGUUGUUAGUACUCCUCAGAAAUGUUGUACCCUGCAAGUUCCUGUAUGAAUAACAGGAACAACCCCUCUGGGGCUACAUAUGGUGCAGCCAUGUCCUUGUUUUUCUUUGUAUAAACAAUGAAUUUCAUUAUGCACAGUCUCUAUUAUCUAAACCAAACUAAAUCUUUAGCAGGAACCUUUUGGUCACAUGUAUCCCCAGACCCUGGUCCCUGUCAUGGAAACAGUUUAUUAAGGUAUUAAAUCCCUUUUAUCUCUUGAAAAGUUCCUGGAACCAUCAGAUGAAAUUCCAGGAACUGUUUUUGAACCCCCAAAAUGUUCCUGCUGGGGACUUAAAAAAAAAAAAAAAAAAAAAAAGCAGUGUAAAUAGGCCGUGGAAUUAUAUUUUGGGCACCCAUUGAGUUUAACUAGGAAUUUUAAGCCAAUUUUCAGUAAAGCUAGACCCUGUACUUUCAAAGGGUACCACCAACCUAUCAGGAACCCUUUAGGGGUAAAAAGCCCUGAGGUCAUGUUUUGAUUAUCGUUUCCAGGGAUCAGGAUAUGUAGUCACUCAGGUACUCACAAAGAACAAUCGGGUCUGAGUGAAACACACUAAAAGGUUCCUGCUGUGGUUGUGGUACUUUUUGAAAACACAGGAACUUGUGAGAUGGGACUUAAAAUACUUUGGUACUUAGAAUUACAGAGUCCCUUUAGCAUGUCAGCAGAAUAUUUUGCCUUACAUAACAUAUCUUUACACUUAAAACACCAACAACAAUCAGCUGGAGGAACCUUUUAACCUCUCAAGACAAACUUCUUAGACUGAAACUUUUGGGUGUUUUUGGUGGAAAUGCAGCUUUAGUUCCUCCUAAAGGAAGUUCUGUAGUUAAUGUACUAAUGUGUGGCCUCUCCAUCAAUCUUCAUAUAUACACUUGCACAUUAAAGUCCCAGGAUGCUAUAGGCGACGACGUCAACAGAGGUUAAGAGACUGUCUCCAACCAGGGUCGCCCAGGCUGUGUUUGCUUUACACUACAGCUGUGUUUAAACACACACUCACACACACACACUGAGUGACAGAGAGAAAGAGCCUCGCUGACAGGGUCUCUGUCUCCACUGUGUCUGUGAGGACUUUGCUGUGUUGGAUGUUUCUGUCACCGCAGGCACACACACCAAACCAUCAGUACAAUCCCAGGCUAACAGCUCAUUAUAUCAAAAUCACACUCCAACACAUUUUAUGUGGUCUGUGACACUUUGCAUAUGCUAUCACUGCUUUCUGCCCGAGCUCUUGCUCAUAACUGCCUCAUACAGUGAUGAGUCCUGCGAGUAUCAGUUUGUCAUCCACAGCCACAGCAGAUUAGCUGAAGCAUCGGAGGUUCACUGACUUUGCUGGCAAGAAACUCUAAUCCUUGUUUUGUUUUAGGCCUUUAUCAAUGCAUCCAAUGAAUUUAACAAAAACUGACGUGUGACUAGUUUGUUGCUUGGAGAAGAAUGUAGACAACUUUUCUUCCAGGACAUUUCAAGCCAAGUUUUCUCAAAUAAAAAGUAUUCCCAUGGGAUCAACACAGUUAAACUUUUGUGAUGGUGGGAGAGCAUGUUCAUACUAAAAUUUGACGAGAAUCACUUUAUUUUGUGGGCCAUUUUCUCUAUAAAUCUCUUGAUGGUCUCAUUGUUAAAGUGAGAGAGGGUCAAAUUGGCCAUGUGUACUUCUCUCAUAUGGCUGAAAAGGUGCCAAUGACGUGUUCAAAUGUCUCAUAGUUAAAAAGAUAUAAAUUUAAAUAUAAAGCAGUGUGUUAAAUAAAGCAUUUUUUUCUGAUAUCCAUGUGGAAGUAAAUCUGUGCCAUCUGUUUUGAAUUUGAAUUUCGAAAGCUGAAAUUUUUUUUUGAUUCAAAAUCGGACUUUGAAUUUCAAAACCAUUUAAUUUCAAGCAAGCAUUUUGGUUUCUUGAUUAACAUGUUGAGAUGUGAAUAAACACGAUUUUCUUUUCUUUUUUCUUUUUUGAAUAUUAUUUUUUCUUUUUCGUACUGGUGAGUUAAUGUGACAAAAAUAAUUAUUGUGAGUAAAUAAAUAGACAGCUAAAUAAUAAUGAACGUAAAUGUGAGUCAAAUAUGUUUAAAAAGCGGAGUCAACUCGAUGAUAUUUCAAAUAUUUUGCCUAACGGUCGUGGUCACGUGGCCAAUCAGUUUGGUUGUUGCCAUGUCAACAGCAUGAGGAACAGGUGCGGACGUACUAGCUACCAUUUUAUAUCAGGUAGAAGAAGAGAGGAUGUUAUCAACACAAAAACUUUAGCUGGAGGAUUUAGCAGAGCACUAUCUUUAGUUUAGUGGUCGGUGUGUGUUUCAACACGUUAUUAGGAACCACUGCGCGACAUAAAUACGUAUUUUUUAUCGAGUGGAUUUAGUAACUGCCGAGCGAACGCCAUGUUAUCGAGAUACGCGAAGCGUGUGAAAUCCGGUAAGAUUAGCAUGUACAGCGGCUAAGUUUAAUCGAUUAAUUUAAUCAAGCAGCUUGUACAAAUAAUGUUCUUUAAGCAGUGUUCAGUGAAGUCAAGUUAGUUUUGAUCUAGUGGUUCAUAUGCAGCAGUUUCGAAGAACAAAGUUUUGUUUGUUCCAGACGUGUCAAUGCUAAUGAAUGUAUUGACAGGAUAACAUGGAGGGGCAUUGUCAUGUAGUUUUGCUCACACUGUCAGUUUAUUUGAGUAUUUUCAGUCAUUGAGGUAGGAUGAAACUUAUUUUUGACCACUUUAGUCAAAGCAGAGGGAUUUCUGUUUCUGCACCAGGGUUUGAUUCGUUCUAAAUCAACUUUUAGGGGCUUAUAAGUGAAAUCUGAACUCUCAAUAAUGCCACAAAUUAGGACUGGGUGAUAUAUCAAUAUAAGAAAUAUAUGAAUAUAUUUUAAAUGAUAUAUGGAAUUGGACCAUAUCGCAUAUAUCGACAGAUAUCAGAUGCUGUUGUUGACAGGCUGGUGUUUCUCACACAAAAUCUUUAACCAAAGAAGGACACACUCGUCUGUCCUCUAAAAUUUACCUCAAUACGACACUAACUAUUUAUCAAAGUCAAAAAGAAAGAAGAGGGGGGAAUGUUUACUGCAACUGGUUGAGACUGUUAAGAAGAUAAGAAAGACGGACAGAUAAUCUCAAAAUGAUGUUAAAAAGCAAUUUUCUUAAACCGAGCACUUGAUUUUGUUCUGUCUUUACACGUGUAUUUGCUGUCCUUACUAGGGUUUGUCAUAUUUAAUUCUUUGUAGUGUUUGUGUUUGCCGCUGCAUCAUCUGAUUGGUUAUGUUUUCUCCUGUUAGCAAAACAAUCAGACCCUGUAAUUUGCUCCAAUGAUACACCAACACAAUUCUGGCUGUAAUUUCUGCUGUUUAAUCCAAGUUUUUCUGUGUUUUCCAGCACUAAAACGGUCGUUUGAGGUUGAGGAGACAGAUUCAUCCACACACCCUUCACCCCUAACUCGCAGGACCACUAACCCUCUCCGCUCAUCCACCUCCUCCGCCUCGAGCCAGCGGAGCUACGACUUGAGCUCUCGCAGCUCAGACUACUCCUCAUCCAGAUCUUCUCCCUCUGAGUCCUCCAACCUACGCUCCCCUAAGACAGGCAUGAGGCGAAUUGACCUAUCAGGUGGUCGUAACCCGGAUGCAGCCUCUGCCCGCCGCACAGAAAUCUCCAUUGAAGUCUCAUCAAAGCAGAUUGACAACUCACCAAGUGCCGGUAUUGCUCGAUUCGGCCUCAAACGACCUGAGGUCAGCCUGAGCAGUCGGAGUACUCCUCUGGAUACCUCCUCCAACUCAUUCUCAACAAACAGACGGGCAGAGCUCAGCAUGACGCGUCCCAGUGAGCCACCCGCUCCUCCCAGGAGGAUGGACGCCCAGCUGACCACAGCCCCAGUCUCCAGGAUCCCAGAGCCCCCUCAAAGAAGAGCAGAACCCCCAUCCCCGGCCAUCAGCCCAGUCGAGGGCGCCCUCAGGAGGCCAGAGAUGCCCGUCUUUAGACAACCAGAUGGUUUGGUUCAAGGCAGUGCAGUGGAGAAUAACAGCCAUCCACCUCCUGUUCCCAGUGCUCCUCUACCAUCCCUGGUAGAGCCGCAGGUGGAGAGGGUGCAGUCUCCUGUCUCGGAGCCCCCCACAGCCAGACCACCAGACCGUAAGUACCUGCCCAGUUCACCUGGUUUUCUGAACUAACACGACGGCUACUUAAAGUUAAUUGUUGAGUGUAAUGGAUAUUUAAGAUUCUUCUCAGUUUUACAGUCUGUGGGGCUUUUUUAACAGCUCCCUACACACGUCAGUUUUGCUUUCAGGUUUAAGUGGAGGGUCUCCUUAAUUAGUUCAGUUCAAAUCCACCAAAUUAGGAGUGUAAGUGGGUUGUUAAACUGUCAAAGAACAAGUUUACACUGAUGCUGACUUAAUAGGCACAUGCAAAGCUCUGGAAAGACGCUCUAUAACUGACAAUCAUGAACUGCCUUGAUUUAAGUAAGCAUUAAAAGUAUCAUAUGGCAGGUAAAUCUUAAUGUUUACACAAUGCAGGAGCCAUAUUAGUCAAAAACAUCAGCUUCAUUUAAUCUAAAAGGUGGUAUAUUUUAUCAAACUUUUGCAAAAGAGGAUGUGUUAAUGUAGAAAUGUCUUGUAUAUGUGAAGGAGGUUUUUCAAACUACAUGGAGUGAUUUUAAUGAGUUCCCCUUGCCCUUCUGGGUAACUCAUUAUUUGUUCUGUAGCAUAGUGACAAAAGCAACUGUUUUCUUUACAGCAAGGGGAGUUUGUCUGCAAGCUUGCUGCUGCAUUUGUAUACCUAUCUCUUUACUUUUACUGGUUUCACUGUGGUGCGUCUCUCUGGAUCGACUUGAAGCAGUUUAUGAGCAAUGAAGUUGUCAAGAAUUCUCCCAAUCAGUUUCUACAAGUUAUGAGGUUUUGUUAAGCCUCUUGAAGAUGCAGACAUACAUGCAAAAACAUUUCCCUCCUGACUGUCUAACAGCUCAUGUUUCCUCGCUCUAAAAACUACAACCUCGUCACAUCCUCAGAUUUUAUUUUGACUUGUCUGAUUCAGUUUGACACAAAUUUGACAUGUAACUGAUUUCAUUUAAAACCUGGAAUCACUUCAGUGUUUCUGUUGACUCAGGUUAGGAGGAAGUUGAGAGGUAAAAAUAACAGCCUCGAAGAUCUAAGCAGGAGUCCGUGAGAGCUUGUCAGCCCAGACUCACUGUGAAUGUAGGUCAGUGAGGGUGGUGAUGAGAAUCCCAGGGCUGAUCCCAGGACAGCAGUGAAAAAAUAACUCACACAGGCGAGCAGCUGGAAAGCCUGGCUCGCUUAAACUUUACUCAACCACCAAUAAAAUAACUCCGAUGCAGAUAGGCUCUCACAGUUUACAGUUAUUUUAAUGUCUUUUGUUGACACGCUGAAAUGUGAUUGUUUGAAUUCGAUCAGUCCUAAUUUAUAUGCAGGUGGGGUAGAAAGUUUGGACAUGAACAGUUAUGUCUCUAGUAACGAUGUCAAAUAAUUUUGGUGACCCCCUGAUCUUGAUAAUAAACCAUUAUCUGCGAAUCUUAUCUAGUUUAGACUGGAUCUUAUGUUUAAGGGACCUAAUAUGCUUUCUUUUAGCGCCAUCCUGAGGUCACACCUUAUAAAAUAAAUUAAAGUUAUGUGAACACAUACAAUACAGCAUUAUAGUUGCUGUAUUGCUUUGCUUUGGACUCUAGGGGCAUAAGCUGUGCUGCAGCCACACAGGACAGGGCCGUGAAUACCGAUGAUAUAACUGUUGGUGGGCGUGACUCCAAAAAGUGAAACCAAGGCCCCAGAACAAAAUACAAACCAUCGAACGGAUAACAAAAUCUCUAAAAUGACGAAGUAACAGUUAGGUCCUUAAGUCCCAGAGUAAUGUUUGAUACCCAUCUAACCUGAGGAAACCUUAGGGUCAGAAAAAUAGUCUGAUGAGGUCCACGGGUGAAGAUCUGUUCCUUUUUUAAACUUUUUUCUGACAGUACGUGCAUGUUAAAGACUGAAUACAACACAGCCACAGUUUUUUAGAUUUAUUGUGAUUCUUUAAAUGACGUUUCUUUGGAGUCGAAGCUCAGCUGGUUCUUGUUAUGGUGGGAAAAUACAGUACUCCUCGCUAUGUCGGUGCUGGUUUUGAUACAGUGGCUUUGAAAUCUUCACUUUUCUCACAGUUUGAUUUUACUAUUUCAUCUUCAUAACACUUAUCUCAUGUGAGUAGCUCAUCUUUUUGCUGUUGUGUGUCUGAAUGUGUUUACACGUGUAGCAUUGUUUUCUGGAGACAGCUGCGCUCGUGGGUCCUUCCUCUCUCUGGCUGAGAAGUAUUGAGGCGUAGGCGGCUGGGAGGUGAUACAUUCCAAAUCUGGAGGUCAUAAAACAUUCUGCAUAAAAAUAGAAAGCCUCCAAUUUCCCCUUUUUACACUGUGUUGCCUGUCUGUGCCUCUCUGUCUCUCUUCUUUGCACCUCUGAUACACACCGGUUUUGAUUUUAUACCACACCCGCAUUUUGCUGAAGAUAUUUUUGUACUGUAGUUUCAGUGAAUCGGUCAGAAAAAAUGCAUGCGGAAUAUCUGGGAUGUUUUCUUGUCUUAGUGAAGGGGGAAUAAGCAAAAAAAAGUGAGGGGAUUAAGUCUCAGCUUCUGCCACAUUCAGCUCAGAUUACAACCUUCCUGCUCAGUCGUGCAUGUGGUGGGAGGGAGGCGCUGCUCGAAAAAAAGUUUGGAAAAGAGAGGAGCAGAUAAGAGGCAGGGGGAGAGUUGGAGAGGAGGGGAAAAAGGACAAAUAGGGAGAGACACAAAGCGUGCAAGAGCGAGUGUGAUUUCCUGUAACAAGUCUGUUUGAGGGCAGAAAAUAAAAACGAGAAAUUCCCACCUCAACCUCCAGUCCAGUUCCAGUUUGGAAGUAAAAACUUAACUGUCAGACCACACGGCUUUGACAGCACGCCCAAGCCUACAGUUUACUUUCCAUAUCCUCAACAAGUAAACACAGCACUGAUUCAGACCUUCUCUUUUUCAUGUUUGAAUUUUCAGAUAAAUAAGAAAUUGAAUGGAAAACUGGCAAAGUUUUCAGUUUAAACCACAGGUUGUUGCAGCGGUGAGUCCUGCAGGACGUUGGUGUUUGUCCCAUUUUUCCUGUUAUGUCAUUGCUUCCUGACUUGUCUGAUGUUUCACCUGCAUCUCCCCACCUCUGAGCUCUUAAUGUCUUUGCUUGUCUUAAGUAUUAAAUGUACACAGUCAUCCUCGCACAGAUGACAGGGUUAAGAACGGCUCGCCUGAAGGGAAGAGUUUCUGAUGAUGAGCGUGCUGAUAGGCAGGUUGUUUUUGUAGCGGAUGUUGUAAAGCACAAGGUGCUGUAAUGACAUGUUUGGCUUUGGUUGAUUUAGCGGUGAUAAUGAUGAGCAGCUGUAUCCAACCCUGUGAUGAUUUGACAGGAUGUGAUCUCAUGUUUACACUCACACACACACACACUUGUUUAUUCUGUAAACCUCUCAUCUCUGUUUCCUAUCCUUAGCUUUGACCUUGUUUCACAUCGCUGCUGUGAGGGGAUGUUACCUUACUAGGAUAUAAUACUCGUGGCAAAACGCAAACUUUGCUGAAAACUUUGCAUGACACAAAAUAAGACGGUUUCCUGUAUUUUAUACCAACCUGCAAAGAGUUCUGGUGCAGAAAAAUGGACUUACUGCAUUCGUACACCUCAAAGAUCCAUCAUAUUGAAUAGGCUGAGUCAACUCAGGUGAAGAACAGAUCUCCUCAAAUAACAAUAUGACUAAUUUCAUAAAAGUGUUUCAUGACGUCAGCAUCUGCAGGAAUCUGCUCUUUUGUUGGGUUAUCUAUUUCACCAUCAUGUUGUGAUUAGGACACUUUUCUUCUAGGUCGUCCUCAGACAAGCCUUCCAUCGUCCCGAUUCUCCAUACAUCUCCCCAGUUCGUUGGUACUCUGAGCUCCUGCAUCCUUCUUGAGUAUAUGGACGUUCUCGUGACCGAUGCCCAUGUGUUGAUUCCCACAGCACCAAUUUGCUGGCUGGCAGUUCCUGAUGCCUUUGGCAGUGUCUCAUUCUCCUUAUCGCUCACCCUUGGUAUUCCCUCGUAUAGUGUUCUGUUGGUUACAUGUGCGUUCUUGCUGAUGUUAAGCACUGCACGCAACAUCCUGGUGUAGCACCCAUCUAGGGAUUUCUCCAGGGUUGGCUUCAGGGUCCAGCAUUCAUUGCCAUAGAGGAGAUCGGACUCUACUGUCGCAUAGAAGAAGCUGAGUUUGAUUUGGAUGUUGAUUACCCAGCAGAAAUGUUGAGCUCUUCUAUAACAGUCCAGGUGAAAUGCCUGUCUGUCUCCUCUGCCAUCUUUAUGAGGUGCUGAAUCGUUGUGCCAAAUGGUCAGUAUUUAUAGACCUGUUAAUGAGAACAGUCGGCUUUGUCUUGGCUGUGUAAGAGCUGCAGGUGUGAUGGAGGGCGGCGCUGAACGGACACACACAACAGGUGGGAUGAAGCGUAAUUGUCACUGCAUACAAACCAUAUUUGGCGCACUCCUGCAGGGCUAUGUGGAUGUUUUGAAUGCAUCAAAUUAAAGGACUGCUGGGUCGAACGUUCUCAGCUGGACGAGCUGCCCCUCAGAGUACAGCAUUUACACAUGAAAUAUAGGACACUCAAGUGUCACUUUUUACAAGCCUUCUUAUCACUUUGAUCUGAUACUGGUGAGCAGUUUUUUACAAUCAAACUAUAAAGUCAUAAACUUUGAGAGAUGAACCCCAUCACCUUAGCUGAAAUGUGGCUGAAAUCAUUGUCCCAUCAUGACAGAGUGGAUAACUGUGAGUUUCAUUUUUAGAGAUAUAUUUGAAUGCAUGAAAGCGUAUCUAGUCCUCUGAUCUUUGACCUGCAGCUGUUUGGGAGAUGGUUUGAACAGAUGAUUGAACAUGUCAGCUUUAGUCUGGUUUUCCUGCAGACCUUAGUCCCUGUUUGUCGUUGAGGGUUGGCUCUGAACUCGACCUGCCGUGAUAGGGAUCUUUGAUUAGCAUUCUUCUUGAAGCUGAAUCUGCAGUGCUUUUUAAUAGUGACUCAUUAUCUUAUGAUCUUGUGAGUCUCGUGCCAGCCUGCUGAGCACUAACCUUGUUUCCCUGCUUUAACAACAGAAUUCAUCUCUUUCACACACACAUAAAGGCCUUUUUAUAGGACUGCCUGGGACUUGGCUACAAACGAGGACUUGUGAAAGUCACAAGGGGUGGAAACGGUCAUACAGAUAAGUUUAAUUUGUUUGUUGGUGUGUUUUGCAUGAGGCACAGAGUAAUAAAACAAGGACACUCAUUUUUUCAUAGUUUCUACAUGUCUGACUCUUACAGAUGGAGUUUACAAAAAAAAAGUUUAAAACAGGGUCAUAAAUUGGCUCAUAAAUUAUAGUUCAAUAAGCACAAUUUCUACACCACAGACAAAAUUUUAAAAAAAGCAUAAGACAAUUACAAAUUUGUUUCUGAAAUCUUCAUAUUAUCAGUAUUAUCAGUAUUAUCAGUAGAUUUAUAAGAACUACCUCAUCUCUGAAGCAGGAGGAGUCAGCAGUGAGUCAUUACUGAUAAUUUAGACAUACCAGAGCACUGAUCGUAGCAGAUAAAACUACCAAACAAAAAGCAAGUUUUGCAGUAGAUAAGAUAACCCGCCCUUAUUUAUUUUUUAAACAUCUUUAGAAGAAAAACCCAAAGAAAACCCAAACUUUCAAAAUUCUACACCUGAAAGUAUCCUUGUUUUUAGGCAAGAAACUGGACCAAAUGUCUUCCCGAAGUCACUGCCUGCAGUGUAGGAAUGUGUGAGAAUAAUCAGCCAAUAGGAAGCAUUGUACAGCAGUAUAACACUUUGUAAAUUUGUUUGAAAGAAUGAGGAAAGCAUACAGUACAAACAGUCAAACAAAUGCCCCACAUAAAGUAAGUUUAUCUUUGUCAUUUAAAAAAUAUUUCCGGCUGGUUUAUAUAACUAUUAAUGGCGUCUGAAGGACACCUUGAGAUCAAAGUUGAAAUCAAAGUUAUGGGUGAAUCAUCUCCUUACAUUGAUAAUGAGCUGUGCUGAUGCCAUGGAGACUCUCGGCCCUGCAUAGUAAACAAACCUGUUUCUCAAUCACUGAGCAACACUUAUACUUAAAGUAAUUGAGCUUCAUGGAGUGAAACAAAGACAAUAAUGAGGACGACAACAAAAAGCACAAGGCACAGGAGCAGGUUGCGGAUCCAGGGUCUUGAGGUGUUGUUACUAGGUACUUCCCUGUUCUGGUUAAACUCUUGGUGGUGCCAGAUGUUGGGCCUGCUGCUUUGUCCCUGUGUGACUGGUUUGGGUUUGCUGCGUUGUUUCUGAUAGAAUGGUUUGUUGGUCACAAUACAUAAAAACAGCCCAAGGCAGGCGAUGUUUCCCCACGUGUUUCUGAUGGCGGAAGCAUCAAAGUGUCCUCCAAAUCGAUUCAUGAGUUGCUCCAGGUCUUCUCUUGGAGAAAACUCUCUGAUCUGUCUUAAGAGGUUCACAGUGAUCUGGUAGGUAUGAAGUGGAUCGUACUCUGUCCCUUGGCCGUCUGAACUCUCGUAAUGCUGUGUGACAAAGGUUUGUUGUAUCCUGUACCCACGGACUCUAAUGAUGAUCCUGUCCCUGUUUCCUUCAUGGAACAAAACUGGAGGAUUUAACACAUAAGGCGGAAGUGGAACUGAUGUGUCUUGGUUGAGAUUUCCUAUGGUGUAGUACUGUUGUCCACGAGGCAGUGGGCUCAGUAGUCCCUCAAAGUUGCCAUAAUGAUGUGUGCCAUAAUCUCCAUUUUCUGGGUCAAAGGUCAGCAGUACUGCAUUAUUCUGAUCAAUGAUGAGUCGUUCAGCAAACCAGUGAAGCAGCACCAGAGCGUGAGUGGGCACAGACUGGCCGAAGUCGAUUUCCUUCAGGUCAUUGAUGGAUUUGAGUUUUUUGACAGCGGAGACAGAGGACAGGGCAGAGAGCAAAGCCACACACCACCAAGAGAGUCUUCCUGUCAUCAUCCUCAUCAUCAUCCUGUAACAACAUUUAAAUUAUUUUCACACUUGUGGAGUAUUCAUCAUGUUCUUACCCUGACAAUUUCUCAAUGACUCACUUUUGUGGACCAGUCCAGUUUCUGCUAGUUUUUGUGAUAUCUGCUUGUUUUUUCUUUGCUCCAAUCUUUUCUCUUUUUUUUGACUGUUACAGAGUAAACGUAGUUGUUUCGAUCAAACUGUAUCAUAGAUCAUAAUCAAGCCAGAAAAGCAUUCCCCUGAAUAACUACUUUUUCUUGUGCGAAAUUUGGGCUUUGUAUUUUUGUAUUUCUAAAAGAAGUCUGGGUCAAAUGCUACGUAAAAGUCAUGUAAAAUGAAACAAUAAAUAAUCAGAAAACAAGAGCUCACCUUCUUCAGUCUGCUGCAAAGAGACGUCUGAUCUCUGCGCUCGAGGGAGAGCAGGAAAAACACGUUCAGUCAUCGUUUGUCUGGAAAUGAAACUAAAGAAGAUCGGACAUUACUGGUAGUAACAGCGAGUUUAUAAAACUUCUUCCGUCUUCUCAGAAAAAGAAGUAGAUUCCCCUUCAAGUGAUGUGCUCUAAGAAAUGCAAAGAGCCGGUUAUUUUGUUGUUUUUAUUAAAAAGUGAAGUUAAUCUGUGAGUCAUAGACCAGACUGUCAGCUUUGAACUGCAGUGUAUGAAACUACUACUUUGGGUUGUACCUGGUUAAUUAUUAGCUAUAAAUGCUAUCAUAGAUCAACUACAGAUUACUUCAUGAUCCAAAGCUCAGUUUAAAAUUGUUGUUUGUUGUUGUUUUAAUUUUUGUCUCCCAGUAAAGUACUUGUCUGAAAAUUUUGUUAUUUUUUGCAUGAAAGCUGUUGUCUUUCAUAGGAAGGUGUAUUAUUACAAUCAUUAAAUACUUGCAGGUAUGUUUUGAUUGGGUUUAUGAAGAUUUUCACCAGUUUUAAUACUUGCCUUGAUAAUCUUGAACCAGAAAUUAUAUGCUGACUGAUUUAUACUAGCAGUGAAAGAUUACAGCAGGGGUGGCAGUUAAGUCCUCCAAGUCAGGGGCUCUUAGACUUUCCUAAAACUGGAUUUAUUCAAAGAGUUCUGGACCUCAUUUUCACCAAGGCUUGUAUCAGCCCUCCUGACAAAGACACAGAGAAAUGCACAGCUUGGAAACAGUGUAUUUUAUUCCUCGUGUUGUUAGCUGUACCACCAGCUGGUGGUUACAGCGUGACAUACAUAGAAGUAGCUUUACACCCUGCUAAUAAACCCAAACAUGUAGCCCAACCAGUUGGAUUCAUGCUCAACUCAAAUGAUACAGCAGUGAAUUAUAACUGUAAAGAUAAGACAUACUAGAGUUCAGAGCAGUGCAAUAAAAAAACAUACAUUUCUCUUAGAUCAUAUACUUAUGUAACAAAGACAGAUGUUUGUAAUUAUUAACAAAAGUACAGGAGUCGUAUGAGUUGUGGUUGGUCGAUACGGUGAGUCACACUUUUAUAAUGAUUUUUUUAGGAGGAGUUAAAACCCUGAGACCUCCUUUUUGGUGUUAUACUAUAAAAACUUGCAGUAUGCUACGCGUCUAAGUAACCCUGUCUUUGAGAAGAUAUUGAACUAAGUUAGUUUCUGAAAGCAGAGCUUAAAGCGUGUGAAUAAGAAGCUUGUUAGAUUAGUUGUUUCCACCACACGACAGUGCAUAAACAGAUGAAUGUGGCAUGUAUAAUAAAAUCCCCUUAAGAGGUCAGAAGUCUGAAAAAAGCUUGACAUAAAUGCACUCAUCUGUCAUUUCAAGUCUAAAAAAAAGAGGAAAAAAUCACAUCAAAAAAGUAUAAAACUAAAAAACAGGCAGGUCAAGCCUUUUCAGAAUACUACCUUAAGACAUUAACAUCAGAUGUAUGAAUCAGUGUUUUAAGGUCAAAGCACACAAAUUUUAUACCAAGCAAACAUGGAACAUAGUUAAUUCACCGAACAUCUCCUCAACUUACAAGAUGUGCUGAUUAGUGAUUAAAUCUGAAAACAUGGAGUGACUGAUUAAAAGGUACUCAACUCCAAACAUCCUUAGCCCUCUGUUGCAAGCAAAUGUUACAAGAUUGUUUCAGAAUCUUCUAUUUGGUGAAUUGGCUGCAAAAACUAAGAAACCAAUGAUGAAGACGACAAGGAGAAACAGCAAAAGGCACACCGAUGGCCAAUCGUCUUGGGAGGUUGAGGUGUAGUUAGCAGCUGAUCCUGUGUUCCAGUUCCUCUCAUAGCUUGGCCUGUUUUCUUGCCUUCCGCUUUGUAGAUAAUAAGCUGGCCGGAGCUGCCUCCUCUCCAUCACAAUAAACAAAAACAGUCCAAGGAAAGCCAGGUGUCCCCAUGUGUUUCUGAUGUGGUUAAUGUCUGCGUUGCUUCCGUAGUGGUCCCUGAGAGACUGCAGAGUGUGAGAGUAUGACUCCAUGGAAAACUCUCUGAUCUGUCUCAAGAGGUUUGGAGUGAUCUCGUAGGUAUGACGUGGAUCAUACACUGUCCCUUGGUUGUCUGUAUUCUGAAAAUGCUGUGUGAUAAAGACUUGGAGGAUUCUCCGCUCCCUGACUCUAAAAAUGAUCCUGUCUCUGUUGUCGGCCCUGUACUGCUCUCUGGAAUUUAACACAUAAGAUGGAAGUCGUACAGAUGAUGUGCUUUUAUAGAGAUGUCCAACAGUGUAGUACUUUUGUCCAUAAGGUAGUGGGUCUAAGACUCCCUCAAAGUUGCCAUAAUGAUGUGAUCCAUAAUCUUCAUUGUCAGCAUCAAAGGUCAGCUGGACACCAGAAUAGUUGAUGUCUACUGUGUGGGCGAACCAGUAGAGCAGCACCAGAGUGUGUGUGGGCACAGACCGGCCAAAGUCGAUUCUCCUCAAGUCAUCAAUAGAAUUAAGCCUUUCCACCGCAGACACAGAGGACAGGGCGCAGAGCAGAGCUAAAACACAGAGUGUGACUCUUCCUGUUGUCAUUUUCACCAUCCUGUCAAAACAUAUAAGAGGGGGGAUUAUGCAGUUUUCAGACGCUAUACUUCUUCUCUUAUACCUCUUUAAAAGUUUACAGCAAUCCAGCACUAGUUAAAAUUACAUGUUUGCAAAGUGAAGCAUGUGCUGUCUUGCAUUCAAGUAAUUCAAAACAACUCUUUAUCUUCAAAAGGUUACAAUCUGUUUUGGUACAAAAAUUUUAAUUAAAUUAAUUCAUUCAACAGAUAUUUGAAGAAAAUGAGAGCUCACCUGAUCUGGUCUGCUGGCAGGAGACGUUUUGUUUCAGAGUUUGUGGCAGAGCAGGAAAAACUCACUAAGUUGCUGUUUCUUGAAAGUGAAACUAAAGGAAAGUGGGACGGGUGAUUACAAGGAGCGUAAUAACUUCACUAUUUGGAUAAAACUUAUUUCAGCUCAAAGAAAAUCAGUUCUCCUUUUUCAGUGUAUUUCAGCAUCUUCCACUUAUGUGUUUGUAGAAAUACUUAAAGCUGAUUUGUUGUUGUUCUUUUAUUUGUAGUUGUGGUUAUGAUUCUGUGAAGAAUUCUGUGAGUCAUAAUGGAAUUUGAAUGGCAGUUUAAAUGUAAAAUGAGCCGGAGGGGUAAACGCUGGGUGUGGACUUUGGACUGCAGGCUGUGAAAGUUUGUGACUAAUUAUCAGCCAUUUAUAGAAUUAAAGAUCAACUAUCAUUCACUCUUCCUCCAUGAUCCAUAAAGCUCAGUUUAAGUAUGUUUUUGUGAUCUUUGGCUCCCAAUUGAUUUAUUUAAAUUCAGGUUUCUGUUCAGACAUAAAUGUUUGUAAAACAGUCUGUUGAAGUGCAAAUCAGUGUCAAAACUCCUUAUUAAGGGAGUGAAGUGACAUAUUAGAAGGCCUGUUACUAUUGAGUGUUUAUAUUUUGUGUCCAGAUUUUAUAUAUCCGCCUAAUGUUUCACAGUGAGCCGGGAAUUAUGUGUUUAAGAGAGGACAUAUAUGAGCAGCAGUGGUGGUGGUUUUAGUCCUGUAAGUCAGGGGUUCCCAAACUUAAUCAUGCUUUGGCUGCGCCCCUGUCUAGAAAAAUUUCUCUAAUUUCAUGUUUAUGACAAAAAUACUUCCUGUAGUUAAUUAAUGAUAAGUUAUCUUCUUCAUUUAUUGAAUUUAUUGUCUUCUUUUAGACAAUUUCUCUAAGAACUCUUUUGGGCUCAUUCCAAUAUUACAGUGUCAUUCAUAUCCCCCCCCCCCCCCUCCAAGUUUUUACAGUGGACCUUAUAUCCACUGACAACCCUAAAAGGGUCAGAACCUCCUGUUUUGGGAACCACCUCUCUAGGUCUCCAAUUGUCUAGUUUGUUAGCACAGAUUUUUCCAAUAUUUCCCCCCUUAAUUCGAUUUAAUAAAUUUAUCCCAUUUUAAGUCAUUAAAUCUAAAUAAUACCAGUUUGACAAAUGGUGAAAUAGAUCAACUGAAACAAAGUGUUUGACUAAUCUUUAUUUAGUGGUGAAUAGUACUCAAUAGUUCCAUUUGGUACAUAGUGAAAUUAACCCUAGUAAGACAAGUCAAGGCAGACAGUCAGGGAAUACUUUCUCGCUGUGAUUUAAGCCUUUUAUAUUAUCAACAUCUUGAAACUCUGGUCCUCUUUUCUUGAUAGACGACAAAUCUUCAUCUUGUAUUGAAAUAUAAAAAUCCAGACGUGUACUUUGUAUUUGUAAGCAUUAUCUAGAAACAUUGUUCUUGUUCCCAAUUAGUCUGCUAUCUUGUUUCCUUUUGUGAUAAGAAGUGGUAAAUAACAACAAUUAAAACGAUCAGCAAAAGAACACGAGUUAAGACCUUUUCAGUAUCCAGAGCAUUGUGUCUGUCUUUCUGCAUCACAAUAGACAAGAACAGUCCAAGGCAAGCAAGAUCUCCCCAUGUGUUUCUGAUGUGGUAAACACUGGCGUUGCCCCCAAAGCGGUUCCUGAGAUGCACCAGAGUCUGAACACUUCCUCUGAGAGGAAACUUUCUGAUCUGCCUUAGGAGGUUUGCAGUGAUGUGGUAGGUAUGAUCUGGGUCAUAAGACUUCCCUCGGUGCUGUGUGAUGUACACUUGGUGUACCCUCUCCCCCCUGACUUGAAGUAUGAUUCUGUCCCUGUUUUCAGCCCUAAACUGCCACCUGGGAUUCACAACAUAAGGUGGGAGAGGAACUGAUGUGUCUUGAUUGAGUUUUCCAACACUGUAGUACCUAUGUCCUUGAGGUGUUUGGUCCAACAGUCUCUCAAAGUUGCUGUAAUAAUGGGAGCCAUAAUCCCCGUUUUCAGGGUCAAAGGUGAGCCUUAUGACGUUGGCAUUGUUGAUUUCAACUGUGUGGGCGAACCAGUAGAGCAGCACCAGAGUGUGUGCAGGCACAGACUGGCCGAAGUCGAUUUUCUUCAAGUCAUCAAUAGAAUUCAGCGUUUCAACCGCAGACACAGAGGUCAAAGGAAACAGCAGGGCGACACACCACCAUGAGACUCCUCCUGUCAUCUUCACCAUCCUGUAAAAAGAUGAAAAAUCUCACAGUUAGCAUUAUUUAUCAGUACUAAAAUUUAUUUUAUACAUAGUGUGCGCAUAAAAAGAUGAACUUUGUGUAAAAUCUGACACCUCACUGCUGGGCUGUGCAGAGGUGUGGGUGUGAAAACAGCUGCAGAGCUGUAAAACAAUCUGAAAACAACAUGCUUCUUACAUUUACUACUCAUUUUCUUGAUAAAAAUUCUCUAUGGCUACCACCCAGGACACACCCAGCUGUGGAGUGUUAUCUAACAGUUUAUUUUUUUGCAGCUUAUUAAUACACAACAUGACAAGCUUGGCUCACUCACAACAAAAUACUCUGUCUAGCAGCUGUGUUUAGCACUUUUUUGACAUCUUAUAAUUCAAGUGCCAGAUUAGUUCUCUUGGAAAGCAGUCAACAAAGUACAGGUGGCCAGAUUAGCCAUGGAGGCUAGCAUCAGUUAGCUGAUGACCCAAUAAAAAAAAGCUCACCUUCAGUUGUGUGCUGCAGUCAGUUUUCUGAUCGGUGUGAUCAGCCGAAGAACUGUUCCUCAUUUAAAGGAUACUGCUUCUUUGUAAUCUAAAGUGUUGAAACCAGUGCCGUUGGUUGUUACUGGAAGUUUGGUGUUGUGGCUGUUUGGGCAAGCCUUCUUUAUUUGCAGAAUAAAUCUGAGGCUAAUUGUGCUGCCAAACUGGUCAUACUGGUAGAAAUAAAAACACUUUGAUUUUGUCUGGGAAGCAGUCAACAAACUACAGGUGGCCAAAUUAGCCAUGGAGGCUAACAUCAGUUAGCUGAUGACCUAAUAACGCUUAAAAAUUAAAAAUAUGAUAACCAGAGAAGCAAAAAGCUCACCUUCAGUUGUGUAAGGAUACGGCUUCUUUGUAAUCUAAAGUGUUGAAACCAGAGCUGUUGUUUGUUUCUGUAAAUUUGAUGUUGUGGCUGUUUGGGCGAGCCCUUCUGUAUUUGCAAAGGAAAUCUGCCAAACAAUUAGUUAUGCUGGUAGAAAUGAAAACAUCAUUUAGAUUUUCUCUUGUUGGGAAAUGUGAAGGGAGGGAAAUAAACAUGCGAAUUUUGGACUGUGUGGAAAAGCAAAUAGACGAUUUAUUAGUAAUCACUUAAAAGAGAUUCAUUUACAGUAAAAACACUUUUAACACAUUUUCAGUAUUUUUGCUGUAAUUCCAGUAUCAGCCUCAGAACUGUGGUCAGACAACUUGUGUUGAUUGAAGUUAUCAUUGUAGCAGCAGUAAAACUGUCGUGGUGAACUGGUGAUGGGACUGGGUACAAGACUGGUGCAGAGCCGUGCUGUGAGUGGCUGCAAAUCUUGCAGCUUAGAUAGGUCACCAAAUUUGGGAAGUAUGUUUGUAAGGUGGUUGUGAAAACGAUGCAUGAUGAAUCUGUCGACUUGAUGCUGUUGUUGUUGUUGUUGUGGUUUGAGAGCAGUGGUUCACCAGGAUGCACAGUUUCACUCCAGAGAGAGCUUUCCCUUUCAUAGAGGGUGUAAAUUUCCAUCAUACGUCUCUUUAGAGCCUCCAUUAUAAAUCUGGUGCAAAGAUAUUCCUACACAACUUCCUUUUUUCCUCUCCCCUGAUUUUCUGCAUAAUGAGGCCGAGCUGAAAUUGUGUAACUGCUGUUUUCUGAAGUCUAGUUCAUGAGCUUCCACUGCUGCAACUCUACCAGCAACCAGCAGGAGAUGCUGUCACACAGGUAGUCAACCUCACACACCUGCUUCCAAGGCCAACUGUAGUUGACACUGAGAAACAGUUCACAGCAGAAUCGCUGUAUCCUGAUGUGCUGAUACAUGUACACAUCCCACAGUACAGCAAACAGUAGAGGAAGCUUCCAGUAAUUUUUUUCUUUUCUUCUUCUUUUCCCAGAGAGGAAGAAUUAUUCGGCACACACCCCCUCACAAUCGCAUAAAUAGGUCCACUCAGUGUAUGAUAUCUUGUACGGAGCUUUUGUUAUUCUCAUUGUCAAAGUCGGCUAGAUUAAAACAGCACAAAGGAAACAUUUAGUCUGUGGUCUCCACCCACAACUUUCACAUGGGAAGCACAAGACCAUCACACACACGAUGCCCUUACUCGACUAUUCAUGAGAAACUAAACAUGUUCUGUGCAACAGUGCUGCUAAAUAUACUUCUAAAUCAUUAAAACCAAUCUCAUGUUAGAUUUUCUUUUACAUAGGUCAUUAACUCGGUGUUGUAUCAUAGAAUUAAAAGCAACCUAGCAGAUGUCCGAUGGGUCACUGUGGUCCCUUUUGCUACAGUUGUUUUACAACUCCUAAUGCUUAAACUCUGCAAACUCUCUGCUCUCUCCCUGAAGAGGAAAAAGAGCAGCGAGUGAAGCGUUCAAUAUAAUGCACCCAGUGAGUCAUGCUCCUGCUAUUCCUCAUGUUUCUGUGUUAUGAAAGACCUUGGACAGCUGUGUGGAACUCUGUCAGGGGUCAGCCAGGCAGCUCCGUACUCUGCCUGCCAAUACAUGACACCAUCUUGGCUCAGCGCGGCCCUGAAACAUCAGCCUCUGCCACGGACUCUGUGUGGAUCCAGCCCCUGCCUCGUCAAAAUUACAAUCCUUUCUUUUAAAGCAAAAGGGCAGCAACUCCAUAAAAAAAGGAGCAUGCCAACUGAUGCCGAAUCAAACAAACGAUGUUUAGCUGUGUGUGCGCAGAGUUCACUCAGGAGUCAUGGCCUUUAAGAGCAAAAGGAGACAGGGUAGUAAUCAUUUUUUUUAAUGCCCUUUUAACCCACUCAUAACAUCUUUUAGCUGACACAGGCUACAACAGAAUAAUAUUUUACUGAAGGGUUGAUUUAUUGCUCGCUGUUAAGUUUUAAGAUGUUUUUAUUCGAAGCUUUGAAUUAAGGAAACACUGAAACUUUUGUUUUGUGAUAAAUUCAGCAGCGGCUUUGAGGAAAGUGUAACAAGUCUUCACUUUGCUGAUGCUGUACAUGCACAUGAAGUAUCAGCUGCAGAAAAAUCUCCUCCUUCCUUCUUGUCUAACCAGUUAACAACUCACUGAAAUUUUAAUGUGUAAAAUAUAAACAAAGGCUGUUCAGGUGUAUUCUGAUCUGACCCUACAUACCCUGGCCAUGUUGGCGAUAAAAAGUAUAGAAGUAACUUUCUAAUAUAAGUCUGUCUUCUUUUAAAUCACAAAAGAUCACAGAGUUCAAACUCUGUUGGAGAUUUCUGCAUGUUUCUUAUCAAAGUUUAAAAUUCUGGCAUCCCGACCACCUUAGGCCUAAAGAGCUCUUGUCAGGAAAGAGUCAAGGCAGCUCUCUUGUAUCUUUUAAACCCCCUGGAAACUCCUGUCAGUCGGGUUUUUUUUAUGGGGCGAUAAAGUGGAGUUUCAGAGAGAGGGAGAUGAAAAGAGAGACGGCACAGACUGGACGGCUUUAAGACGAGGGGCCCUGAGUUUGGGAAAAUGCAUCGUUCCCCACAUUGUAAAACUUAAUAUAACAAAGCUUCGUUUUAACUCCAUAUUUGGUUAGACCUGGUUCUGAUCACACUUACAAGGACAUCUCUGAGAGUGUGUGUGUUUUUUUUUAAUCUCGUGUGUGUAUGUUGGUAUAGCGCACAAUGUUUUAGGCCAGAUCGGUCAGACUGUCGGGGUUUAUUUUCUGCACUGGCUGUUUCUGGGGUUCAGCACUGAUUUGAGUUUUAAGUUUAUCCUCCCAUCUAAUCAUUGUAAAGAACUCAGUCCAGUCCAUCUGUCCAACAUGUCCUGCCUUUUUGUUUUCUUAGAAAGACAACUCUUCAUCAUGUGAAGAGGAACGCAGGUGCUGCCCCGUGUGUGUCUGUGUGUGUGUGUGUGUGUGUGUGUGUGUGUGCUUGUGUGGCUGUAAGGUACUCGAUCCUCUGCACUGGUGUGUAAUUACACUUGCUGGGAGGCUGGAGACAGCUGUUUCCUAUCCUCUGUAAUCACACAAAUGUACAAACCCCGUAAGAACAGUUAUUAGAAAGAGUAAUUGAUUCGCUCUCAGGUUUGAGGGAAUAAGGAAAGGAUGUAUCCCUGACUCUUCAACACAACACACAAGUUUUAAGACACUCUAUUUAAAGGGAUAAUCCUUUUAGGCUCAGAUGAAACUGAGAAUGACAGAAUAAGAGGAUCUCUUCUCCGAAAACUAAAGUUAGUUUGGACAGACCUGAAAAAUAUGUUUUUAAAAAUCAGUCAUGGUAGUCGAGUUUUCUGCUGAUUAGAAAUAUGUUUGUAAAAUUUUUAGAGUAAUGUGUCGGGGUGAGUUGUAGCCUUUAUUGAUAGGACAGCGGUAUGCACCAAAUUCUGUCCUUGAUCUGAUCUGAAUCAUGAGAUUCAUGAUCAUUUGCACCCUAUUAACUGACAACAUAUUAGCGAAUUUAAUAUUUGAUUAUGUAAUGCUUCAGCUUCUAACUUCAUCACUUUUUUUACCUUUUGAAGUGAUGGUAACCUCCAUGUUCCUGCUUCAUCUGCAGAACAUUUGAAUGUUUGUUUCCUCCAAAUCACGAAUUUGUCAAAAUUUUGAAUACUCAAAGCAAAGCGCCAGCAGACGUGAAGUCAAUCCCGGUUUUGUUGUGGGAUGAGUUGUGUUUCAAGUCUGUGUGAGAGGAAUGAAAGGGAUGUGAUGAAUGCUGAGCCCCGAGGAGCAGAUGAGAGGGUCAGGCCAGGUAAUUAGGGUUGUAAAUGAUCCCUGGAGGUAAAAAGGACAUUCAGCUGGCUGAAAGGCUGCAGGCAGACCUCAGUGAGGAGACACACACAGACACACACAGUUUCUGCCUUUUCCUCCUCUGAAGCUCACCUUACAACGCUCCAACACUGACGCUUUUUCAUAAUCUUGAAAGUUGGACAGGACUGAAAGGAUUUUUUUUUUUUUGCUUUUUUUUUUUUUUUGCUUUGUCGGAGAGAGGGGGUUGUUGGAAGGAAAUGGGCGUGUCUCUUCUCCCUUCUCUGCUGAGUCAUGUGACAUGGAUGGGUGGGAGGGGCAGGCAGGGAGCUUCCAGAGCCACAGCAGAGUUUGGCCUCUAACUGGAGCGCUGCACUUUGGCAGAGGGGACGACUCACACACUCACACACACACUUCACACGGUGAGUGCUUUACAUACCGGUAGAGAAUGUGCGCACGUAUGUGUUUGUGAGGAAGCGGUUGCAAAAAGAGGGAGUAAUGACGGGUCGCCUUUUGUUGUGUGUUAAUUUUCUUGUUGCACGUUUUCCCCUCCUUUUUGAGAUUUGAUCAUCUGUUGUUUUUUCAGACUUUAGUUGAUAAAUAUCUCUGCAUACCUUUCCAUAUUUGACUCCAGUGCCCAGCUGUUUCUGCGUGUCUGUAUUGUACUGUCGUUUUAAGCAGCUCUGCGUCAAGCUUAAUAAGCUGUGUUUUUUUUUUCCUUUUUUUUUAAAUGCAGGCUGCAAAACCCCAAAAGUUUUUUCACUUCAGGUUUUUCAGUUUGUGCUCUGAAGUUCAGCGCGUUUUCCAUGGUGUGUGUGUGUGUGUUCUAGUGCUAAUUGCUAUUGUUCAGACUUUUCAUUCCCUCUGCCCUUCAUCCCUCUAAUUUAUGUGUGUGUGUUCUGUGGCAAGCUUUGUAAUCAAUCCGCCUUUGCAUAACACACACACAUAUUUGUGUAUACAGAAAGCUGUAUCAUCAUGUCCUCUCUUCUAACUCUUUGGAGAGACUUCUCUGUAUUUUCAUGGUUUCCUUCUCCUGACAUUGUCCACAUUGGACGUGUUUUGUUCUGCUGUUUCUGACAACGGUUUCUUAUGUACACUUCGCAGUUUGUGUGUGUGUGUUUGUGUGUGUGUGUGUGUUUGUGUGUGAGCUGCAGAGUUAAAGGUUAGCUCCCCACAUGUGGUCAGUAGACUGAAGGGAAUCAUUAAGUUUAGUUUCUGCUUUGGAAAGUCCAGUGAAAGACUCAUUAGCAGUGAAGUGAAAUCUGUGGAAACAAGUCCUUAUUCUCUAGAAAACAACAUGUUGAAAUUGAGGGAAAUAGUUCUUCUUGUUCUGUUUGAGCGUCUGAGUCCCAGUGAAGUUUCUUUGGAGAGUUUACGUUUGUAUUCCAGGUUUAUGUCUGAUGAGUCUCUUUGCAGUGCUGCAGCAUACGUCAUAGUUUCACUUUACCCUGUACCUACGCAGAAACCUUUGUACGAAGCCUGACAUGCACUCCCUCAAAACUGAAACAAAUGCGUUGAAACAACACAGGCCAAAAGCCCUCUGAUUGGCCCACUGGGUACCGUCGUAUUUCCUGCAUUUCCAAACAGAAAUUCCCUUGUCCCCUGUCCCCUGACUACACAAAUUCAACAGCUGUCUGCGCUGACGUCCUUCUCUCUUUUCGUCUUUGCAGUACUUGCAGUAAUCUGACUGCUUCUCAACACUUAUUAACUUAAACAUCACACAGUUGGAUUCAGUUGCCAUGGUUUCCUGUGCACAAAUCAGAUUCUUAAACUUGUGGUAUGACGAGCACAGAAAUCACACUGCCAACUAGCAUUUUGGUGGAGUAUUGCAGAGUGACGAGUCACUCCAGUGUAAUGAUGGUGUUGGCCUCUACGACUUCAUGCAUAGAGUCAAUGCAGAAGUAUCAACCACUGUCGGUUUUAAACACAAAGAGUGUAUGAAAUCUGAGCAACAACAACCCCCUGCAGUGAAUCAUCCUGAUGUUUUUUCUUCAGGGUUGUUCUGAAGAUUACGAAACAUCACCCCCCUUUUUUAUUAACUGAUAGAAACCAGCAACCAACCUUCACCUUCACCUUUAGGAGAGUUAGCCUCCUCUUCUUUGCACGCACACACUUUGAGACACACACAGCUGUUGAAAGGAGCUCUGUUGUGCCUCGCUGCAUUGCCAGGCGAGGACAGACAGUGGCCUUUCACCAGUGUCUGACGGGACGCUGAAAAGGUCAUCGUCACCUUCUGCGUCUCGUCUUUCAGGCUGUAAGUCCAUGCGGUAAGAUUAUGCAUCCAACGUGGAAUUCUGCAUCACAGCAUUGAAAUGCAAAAUAUUUCAUGAAUGUGACCAAAGCUCUGUAAUUUAAGAUAAAGUUUCAUCUCUGCAGCUUGACAUGCUGUAAGAUCUCAGGAUAGGAGCUUAGACUUUUCAAUCGUGUGGUAGUGCAAUUUGUAAAGAUGUGAAAGUGAGGUGGGUGCGGUUACAGGUGUCAGAUGAUGUUUUGGAAAUAAGAGUCUGUCUACUGAAAGACCACAAGACAGUGGUGCACAAAUUAUGGCAUGUAGACACUUUGGAUUGGGCUGUUACCGUACCUCGUCUGACCCCAAACGGAGUAUACCAUCUCUAAUUAAAGUGGGUUAUUUCAAUGCUGACAGAAAUACUGAAGUGAAGUUUCCAAACGAGCCAUAAUGCCAAAAUAACCGUAUAGUGAGUCCUGGAUUAAAUGCACCAAGUGUCUGAAAAUAUCAUCUCACUGUUGUUCAGGAAACCCUCAUCGCUUGGCAAAUAAUCACGGCCAGAAGUCUGGUCUCCUGGGUGUAUUGUACUCUCGAGCUUUGUAUGUGGGUCAGUCACAGUCCAUAAAUACUGCUCCAGGAGCCUGAGGAGGUUCAGAGUGACAGGCUUGGUAUCACACAGACAUACACACACUCGUGCACCAGGAUUUGUAGUGAGCCAAAGGACUCCUGCUGGUUGUGUUGUUGACAGACUGAUGGACAUGUGUGUGCAAAGUUACACGGAGACAGCAGCAUCUGAUGGGUGUGAUUAGAGAUGUUUUAACGCUCUAAAACGAGUGACUGAGCCUUUUGAGUGAAAGUUUAGAAGUUUUAGCAACAAUAACCCUAAUCUCUGUAAACGUAAUAAGGCUCACUCUUAGCUCUGGAUUUGUAUAUCUGAUGGAAUUCAGGAGCCAGGUCUAUAUCUGUGAACAUAAGACGACAGAUAACAACCUCCUUUAUUGUUCUGAAAACCAAACUGUGCCUCCUAAUCUCAUUAGUCCUCGUUAUUGUUUGGGCGUCUGGGUUACAAAUCUGCUUUUAGCAUUUAAUGGCCUUACAGUAGUGGUCUGUGCUCAGGCUGGUAGCCGUUCUUCAGUUAUGUUACUGACACUGAGCAGUGAGAGCUGAUCAUCUCUCCCGGAUCAUUUACGCCAGCUGCUGUAAACUGAGCAGAAUUUGGGGCAUCAGUGACCUUGGGGCUCAAAUGUUAACAGUGUGAGAGAAAGCAAGAACAAUCCAACAGCCACUCCAAGUGUGAAGAGCACAAUCAUCUUUAAAGGCAGCAGCUGCAGAGAGCUACUUUGAACGUUACCCAUCUAAUACAACAUUUGAAGUAAGAGGGUAAAAGAGAAGGUGGUUGGACGGACUUGUGUCUUUGGAAAACAAACUUAUCUCCAGGGUAGAGACAGCAGGUUUUUGCCUUUUAUUCUGGGUUUUUGGAUCCACUGUAGUUCCUGUUGUCACCACACUACAUCCACUCAGACACCACCUGACCAGAACUGUCCAGUAAAGUUUGUGACACCAAACGUGAUCAUGUACGACAUGAUGUGACUGCUUUUGUUUUGAAUGUAGAGCUCUAAUGUUUAGUUGAAUACAAGUUACCGAUCGGACUUGCUGUUCAAUAUUCUCACAAGAACUGGAUCAGGUGAAUUAGAGUAUCCCAACUGCUUGACCAGCUUGUUGGUUUGAGCAGAAGUGCACCAAGCUGCAGUUUCCUCGUUUACACCCUCUAAUUUAUCACAUGAAAGUAGUUCCCUGGUCAUUCAUCUCCUGCUGCCCAUCACAGAUUUCUGCAUGUAUAAUUCUCGUCUCAUAAGUUCGACUCUUUUGAACUCAUGUGAUGUAUGUUUGAGGACACAGGUUAGAUUCCAUUGGCCUCGGACCCUCACUCACUGUCAGUCAGCGUUUUUCGCUGAUACACUUUGACCCACAGGUGAGAUGAGAUAAGAUACGCAUCCACAUUGCCCGGCUAGCACAGCCUGGAUAAUGACUUUCAACAACUCCUGUCAUCAGAUAAUGUCAUUUUUCAGUCUCUCUGUGGAGGACAUCGCCUUUUCAGAAAAUUGGCGACUUCCUGAUUCAUUUGGUUUUUGAGUAAACACACUUCAGGGUUAAUGUUUCGGAGCUUUGGGUCUGUAUAUUGUUUUAAAGUUUGAAAAUUAAAUCGGUCACAAUGAGGAAUGUCGUAACAGAGGAGCUGCUUCCUUUAAACAAAUCUGUUCAGCAAGAAAGUAAAUAAAUCAGCCUUGGAUUGAUCAGCCGGACAGUCAGGUUCAGUCCGCCUUUUUUUCCAUGAAAUAUGGAUUUAAUCGUUCAAAUGCUUUGUGUCAGCGGAAGAAUCUUUUCCUUGUGUGUCUGUUAAUGACACAGGCAGCUGAAGAGCCUAGAAAGACAACAGCUCUGUUGUGCACUGCUGCAUGCAGAGACUGAACAAAUUCCUCUGGCAGUCUAGACGAACCUGUGGGCUUCUACUGUCAUUUACUGCAAUUUAGAAACAUUUCUCAAGUGUCUGCAAAGUAACUGGAGAUGCUGAAGCUACCCUCACCGACAUGGACGCAUCAGGCUCUUAAAGCACCAAGACUGAAAUAGUGAAAUUGGUGCAUUUGCAGGGUAGAGUGUGUUUUUAAGUGGUGCAAAAACAUAAAUACAUCAAUACUUUUCAGAAAGCUACAUUUAAAAUUGGGCUGCCGAGAAAAAAAAAGGUGCAGCACGUUAAUGCAAACAUAAAUGACACUCCUUUUAUAUCUAUUAUAACAGCACAAGCUUGAGUGUGGCCUUGCUUUUAUGCAGCAGUUGUAAAAGCAGCACAUAGUAUUGAAUUAUAAUAAUAUUUUAAUUCACAUACGUGCAGACAUGCACACUCUACUGUCUUGUGAAGAGGAGAAAUCCAGGAUGUCACGGUUAAAAUAGAGGAGCGUACCCUUAUCUGACACACAAACACGUAUACAUAUUCAGAUUGUAGUGGAUGUGUUGAGUGAGUUGCACCCUGCAGGGUCAUGAGCUGUACGAUGAGGACUCUGGGAACUCGGCCUCACAUUGCACAAACACUAUAAUAACACAACAGAUCAUGUUUGCUCUGCCACCACUCCAAUUUCCUCUUUUCAUUAAAGGAUUCCCUGUCAGAGGGUGGGAAAGUAGUGUUUGGGUGUGCGGAGAUGCGUGUCUAUGUCCCUCCCUUGGGUCCGUCCCAAACCCUUGUGGUCUGGAGGAUCUAAUUGAUUCUGUGCUGGAGGGCUGCUCGGAAACCCAGUUUGGUGCAAUCAAAUUGUCCACGUGAACUUUUCGAACAUUUCUUCACAUGGAACUGAGUUGUGCUCGUACACGGUCUCCUCCUCUGUUGGAAAAAACGAGCUUGGGAAUCAUUGAAAGGAUACGCAGGAACCUGUUUGAUUUUCUCACUAAGAAAAGAUUCGCAGCAGCCCACGCACUUCUGAAGAAGCAUCUGGGUCACCAUCAGAAAAACAAAAAGUGGUCAUGCAAAGAUGCGAGAAGACGACAAACCUCCUUUGUCCUGUCUGGGAAUGUAAAUAAAGGAGAAGAGGAGCAGAUGUUUUUAAGAGGCCCAUAAAAAGAUUUAGACCAGAGCAAAUAUGCAAACGACCCAUUUAGAGGAUUAGUACUCCAAUCUGUGUUUUACAUGGAGCUCAACACUAAGAGGGUAAAGACAUCAGGGGGCUGUAUGUCAUGAAGCUACAGACACUUCACUUAAAAGUGAUUGUGCUCUGACUGAGAUGGAGGAGGAAGAUCUGAUCACUCUGCAUGAGGAGCACAUUCUGACUCCUCCUCGAUCUCGAUGCUCCUGAUGAUGACAUGAAUGUGAUUGACAGUUGGUAGGACACUUUUAAAAACCACAAGAGAGAAAGAGAAAUAAAUGACUCCUGCUCUUGAUGCUGAGAAGACUGAGAGGAAAGAUGGAGGAUGCACUCCAGACAACAGAGAAAGUUUUACUCACCUGCAGUGGUGAAUUGCAUGGUCUUUGAGAGGCCCUAUGAGAACUACUGUUUUAAUGACACAAAGUUGGAAGUCACUCUUGCAAAACCUCACUCAGUUGAAUGGCAAUAUUUAUUGACACAGAAAUCGACCAUAGAGUUGAGUAUCAUGUUGUAAAAUAUUUAUGAAAUGAUUAUAUAUAUAUGAAAAUUAAGAGUGUCCCCUUAAACUGUUUUUACAGCAUGAUCUUAAACAGUUAUAGAAGUUUGUGUGAUGCAUUUUACAGAGGGCAUUAUUAAAGUGAGUCAUUUUUGUCUACAUCACAGUACGCUGAAAGUGUCUUCAGAGUUUAAAGAAAACAGAGAGUAAAUGACUCUCCCAGAAUCGAACUUCUCGGGGGUCCAAUUUUCCAGUUUCCUUUUCUUUUCGACAGAUUCCUCUCUUGUGACUCAAGUCGGGUUAAACUAAAGGUCAAAUCACUGGUUUGUCACUCGAGGACAAACCUCAGCGCUCCUCUUUUCCAACCUAAACUGGGAACGCGACCUCUGACCCGCUCGCCACGCUGUCAAGAUCAACACCCCGGACAGCUGAGGCAUGGCUCGGUGGUUUUCAACCACAUCUCACUAAACAUAGACAACACAGUCAGAGCGCUCUUCAGAGUUCCUCUUAGUUUUAUUGUAGGGCAGAAAACGGGGACAGUUUAAUCUGGUUUCUGCUGGAUCUAAAUCUCUGUUUGGAGGUCUGUGUGGAGUCUGUGAGGAAUAAAUCAAGAUAGUUUUUCUCCACAGGCUUCUUUUUUUACUGUUUCCUCCCUCCCUCCCUCAUUCCACUCCCCCUCCUCUUUUCCUGACUAUCUUUUUUACUCCCCCUUGCUCCUUUUUAAUCCUUUUUUAUUUUGGACAUCUUUUGUGCCACUCUCAAACUUUUUCUUCCCUCUUUAUCUUUUUGCUCUCGUCUUUGUGCUGGCCUUUUCUCCUCUCCAAAUGUGCUGUGGACUUGGAGAUUUCUGGCCGUAUUUACAGAAAGCAAAGUAACCUGAUGCUGCUGCGAGCAAGAAAAGAAAAUUCUUCAGUGGCUGUAAUUGAAAACAGGAUCACAGCGAGCUUAUGAGUCAUUCUCCGCUUUCCAAAUUCUAAAAUUAAUUUUGCUCUCUCACAGACUCAGAAGAAAUGCAUUAUCUACGCCGUCCCGUAAACUCGACCUGAUACACAGGAAAAUCUCUCUGAAAGUAGAGCCGAGGGAGCAUGUGUGGGGGACUUUUUUGAUGUACAAGACGUUGUCAGGAGACGUUAGAGCUCUGGUUCACAUGAUUUAAUAUUUCUUUACAACGUAAGACUUAUGACUUAACAAAAGAGACACUUCAGGAGGUCAGACCUCCAACCAGGCUAAUAGUCCAGUCUCCUUUUGAUAUGCUAAAUAAGUGUAGGAACAGUGGUAUGGAUGUAUUUCCAAAAACUUGUGGUUUGACUGAAAAGACUUUUCAUUGGCAAGUUACCAGCAGCAGGAGGUGGCAGAAGUCUCAGGCAGCGAGUCCACACCUCACAAUUAUCAGUAACACAAUCUGAGCUCUACUGCCAUAUACAGGUAGCUUGCACGGCUCAGAAACAGACUGCACACAGAGGUACACAGCUGCAUGGAAAGUACACAUUGCUGAACGUAGAGAGAGUUCUCACGCUGGUCGACAGUAAAUCUCUUCUCCUCUGGCAGCCCCCAAAAAACAUGUAACAUCUCAAAUAUUGAUGAAAGUCAUAUUUCAAAGUUUACGGUAAUUAUGCAGUUGAAUUGAUGCAAUUUUACAAAGACGUCAAAGUUGGAUGAAUUCUUGGUGCUGUUGAAAAAGGAGAAGAGUCACACAGAUGCUGUGGGGGGGCGGUCAGAUGCUAACACUUGGAUGAGGUUUGAUUUCCUGAAUCCUUUGACUCUCAUGUUGAAACUUUGUGGCUAGAUUGUUGAGAAAUGAUCAAAUUGUUGUUUUUAUUUCACUCCGUAUGAUUCAGUCUUCAUACACAGAGAUGCUGUGCUGCAGAGUUUAGGGUUUUUGUAGAUGCUCUAUGAUGAAUCUGGAUUUCUGACAUUUAUUUACCGUGCUCUUACUUUCUUUGCGGUUAUGGGGACAAAUGUUUGUUGUUCUUGGUUGUGGGGCUGCUGCUGCUGCUGGGUAGGGUCACUCUCGUUCACAAAUAUGUCGCAAAGCUAGCAUGUGUUUGUUAAAGUCAGCAGUCGGACCGCAGGAAUAUUAGUGCAGCAUUUAUAAACUCUACCUAAGUGUUUUGAAAAGGUGGAGCCAGAUCAGUUGACCUCAUUGACAUAGUUAUUACUGUGGAUGUUUGAAUUAGAACCAGCUCAUGACUGUAAGAACCAAACCUGGUUUUCCUACACUGCUGGCUGGUAUUUCCACCCUAGCUUGACUUGUAUAUUUUCAGUCCUGUAGGGAGAAGGCGGUGUCCAGCUGGUAGUCCACCAGGGUCUUUAUGUGGAGGUCAAAUGUCUGCUAACAUUUCCAGGGUCACGCUCCACCCAGCCGUCUCCUGACACCUGUGUUUACUGGCUAAGCACAGUUACACGUCUGCAGCUCUCUGGCAGGAAAUCGUGGAAAAGCUGCGAGUCUGAAUACCUCCGUCUGAUUAAUGGUCAGCUCAUCCAGAUGUUUUACGAUCAGCUACUCCUGAGUCCUUCACCGGUCUGGUUUUAUUGGCUCUCUGACAGUCUGGCAUUCUUAUAUCCGUGUAGCUCCACUGUGGGAUUUGUAGUUUUACCGACAUUCAUGGCACUGCGUUGACUCAGUUUACCACUUGGCACAGAGGAGAUUUAUUUCCAUUGUUUGGUGUGGAGCUCGGUUUCCCACAGUGAUGCUUCAGGACCUUGUGUUCUUUCUAUGUGUUGCAUGUUUGCCAAGUGGUUUACAGUGUUUGACUCUUCUUUAAUGCGGGGAAAGGGGGCAGUCAGCGCGUAUUCACGGAGGACAGUUAAACGAUACCUCGGAGAGGUUUGCUUCUUCUCUCUGGGAAACCAUUUGGUGAAGAUGCAGGAUUCAUUUCUCCCGCUCUUUUGUCUCUCUCUGUUUCACUUUGUCUGUUGGUGGCUGCAGGAUUUCUCACCUCACCGGGAGAUUUAUGUGUGUUUACUCUGAGUGAAACAGAACAGACAGUUUGUUAAGAGCGUAGAUGUUUGUGGUAGUCUUCUCAGUGCGCUGUAACCGAACAAGGAAAUUAAGGGACAACACAGAGCCCGAAAAAUGAAUACUAACUUGAGACUAAUGUGGUGUUAACACAAGAUGAAUUCAGGUUAAAUCCAUUAGAGCAAACAUACCCUUUUUUUCAUUGAAUCCUACAGCUAAAUAGGUCAUGUGCACUCGCUCAUUCAAGCAGAUAUUAAAUACACAAGUUUAGAUAAAAUUUGUUCCAAUGUUGAUGUUUAAAAUAUUAUUUUAUUUAGUUGACUCUGAUGUUUUUUGCGGUACUUGUUUAUAAUGCUCUGUGUUUUUUAAGAUUUUAUAUUUUUGUAAUGUUAAUCUGCUUAAAAACUCACUGAACCUCUGAGUCAGCUGUUAAAUCAAAACGCAGAAAGAUACAGUUAAACUUCGGCUUCUGACUUUGCUGAUGUGCUGUAAAGGGCAUAACUACAUGCAAAUGCACAAACAUUGAGACUAAACUUGACUUACAUGGACAGUUGCUCUCUUUGUGAUUUCCUCUCCUCUAAAUAAUAAUCAGUCUUUCCUUUUAUUUUCCGGUCUGGUGUCCCAAACGGUGCAGCAGAUUUCCAUCAAGAACCACAGUAAAGAAGCUGAGGGGAUUUCUUGUUUCAAACAUUAACCGUGUACUUUCAGUAUCAGUAAAUUUUCAGUUUAUCCCUUCUUGUGGGGUUUUUUAAUUUAACUGAAGUGGACAACUCAGGAUGAAAAAUCUGUUUUAAAAGACAGGACUAUUGGUUUGCAUGUCCAUUUUCUGCCAGUCAAAGUCUUAAAAGAUGCACUGGACCAUUUGUAUUGGUGACAGGAUUGAUGUCAGUGAUCUGUUGUUGAUGGUUUGCAGAUGUAACGGCUGUUAAAUGAGAGUUGAAAGGACAGAGGCUCAUAUUUACUCUCAGGUGAUCCUGUUAUUCCUUUGACGUCCUCUCUCUUUGAUGUGUCCGGGUUAUCCUGCCUCAGGUGAGGUUUGGCUGUCACAGCCUCGCAUGUAAAGGUGUGCUAGCCCGGGGCCAUCGUCUCUGUUCACAGCACAUCCCUGACACAGAGGCACGGGUGGAGCAGAGGAAGGAGGAGGAGGGCUGACAUGAGGACUGGUCAGAGGAAGAUGAAUCAACACAAAAGCUGUCUGGGUGGGGAUGAGAGAAAUCAAAGAAUUUAGGGGAGUUUCAGAAAAAAGGACAAAAGAUCAGAAUAAAGACGGGGCAGGGUCAGAAGAGAAGUAAGAGGUGGAGAAGAGAGGGAAACUGAUGACAGAAGAGAUAAGAUAAAAAGAGGCAGUGAGGAGAAGAGGGGGGGGGGUGGGAGUGAAGAGACAAGUCGAGGUAGAGGAAUGUAGGCGAGCAGAGGAGAGGUGGAGGGCAGACCAAGUUGCUGACUGACUGCUGGAACAGGAUGAGGAAGUGGUGAAGGAGGCUGGGAGAGCUGCUUCCAUAGGUGGGUCUCUGUGACACAGACACACACAAAGAGGCACAUUAUAAAGACAAACCCGAGCUGAAUAUGAAGCACCGUCGAGUUCCCACACCACUGUUAUUCUUCUCUGCAGUUCUCCGAUUAAUCAUCGCAGUGCCAGGUUGAAGUGUGUGCACUUUUUCUGGCAGCAGCGCUCUCACUUCUUGUCCAUUUAAUUCCCUGAGUGAGUCGGUUUGUUGUCUGGAUUUCUUCUCCUCCUGGCAGGCCGGGUUUUUUUUUAGCUGGACACGAAAAGCUGUUUAAUUCUUGGCAGCGAGUCUCGACUGAUGGUCCGUGUGUUUUCAUGUUUUUAUGCGCCACAGGCUGUUUGAAAAGAUGGAUGUUGUGAUAGCUCCCUGAAAGUGGAGCCAAAACAGUUGGAGCUCCCUCUACUGGCCGCAGAACAAAACCUGUUAUAAAACCCGAUAUAACAAACGUGGCAUAAGGUCAGACUGAAAUAUGAAUUCACGUCUGUUACGUUUUUAUCAAGCUUUUCUUUUACCUUUGUAAGUUCUGUAUUUGUGCAAAGACACAGGCUGAGACCCAAGCAUGCACUCUGGCUGUGUGUGUGUGUUUUUGUGUGUGUUUGACCCGGGGUAUGUGGGUGAGUGGAUCAGGUUUCAGCCUCUGUCGUCUCUGUCUUUUCCACUCUUCCAUUAACAGGACAGUAACUCUGCACACUGUAGAACAAGGAGGAAAGAGGGGCCCUGCGAGGGGGGCAGCAGCUUCACGAACCGCCGUACAUACAGACGCAAACAUACUCACACCUACGCUGACUUUACACACUGCUGAACAGAGCUGCAGCUACUCUCUACAGGCGUGUCGGUGUCCUGACAGAGGGUUUAAAAUGAUGAAUAUUUCUCUUCUGAUUGGACACACAUUUGCAGGCAUUCCAAGGAAAGACAUUAAGCUAAUCGUUGUCAAAACAAACUGCAGGGAUAACCCUCUGCCAAGUGCAAACUGCUUUUAUACAGCAGAGAUUAUUUUAAUAGUUUUCUGAUGAGUUAAAAAUCUGUUUUUGAGGGAGACCGGCCAAGUUGAAAACCAGGGGAGUGUUUUAUGAAGCGUGUGUCUGAUUGAGAAGCAACUCAACAGGUCUACGAUGUAGGAUUGCUGGAUAGUUUGGUUUUGGAGGACGAGAACAGGGAACUGUACCUUCUACAUCGAACAGAAAUUCAUUUUAUUUUACCUCUUGUUGAAGUCACAUCCAUCAUUUCUUCUCUUUAACCUCCUCAUUCUCGUCUCUCUCCAACCAGGACCAGAGGUGAUUCCCAGCUACAACAGCAGUGCCAUGUCUGAGGCGGUGGUGCCUGAAGCGAUGGUGUCCCCCGCGGUGGGCGCUCUGUACGGGGAGAAGGCCGGGGGUCCGGUGGUGGACUUCAGUUACGUGGGCAUCGACGCCAUCCUGGAGCAGAUGAGGAGGAAGGCCAUGAAGCAGGGGUUCGAGCUCAACAUCAUGGUUGUUGGUAAGAGAGUCAGAGUCAGCGUCCUUUAAAACAUGAUUUCACCUCAAAUCUGGGACAUUACAUUUGGAAUGGGAAAAGCUUGUAUUUAGAGAUUUUCUUGUAACUGAAAACCUCUUUUGUGAGGUAUAAUCUUGAUCCAGGUGUUUGCUAACUACUCAUUGCACAGAAGCUCAAAGCCUGAGGAGAUUUGAAUCACAUUCUUCCUCUAACUGAAUAUUCUUUCUUCGCUCUCUCGCUCUCUGUUUCAGGGCUUAAUUGUGUUUCCACUGAGUUAUUUUAUAAUUCUCUUCAUUUUGCCAUCAUAACAAACAAACAUGCUUGAAUUCAUUUCAGCUGCAGACAGUAAUCUGUAUGUUAUUUCAGCAGUAAUUGUUCAUGUAAUCAGGCAGUUGAGUAUUGUUUGCAAACAACUCAGGUUUAAUGGUCUGAAAUGUUUGUUGUAAGAUGGUUCGCGUUUGGCGCCUCGUCACUCUGCGCAGUUUGAGUUUAUAUACAGAAAUUCAAGGAGUGAUGAGAUGAUAUCUUGUGGAUGCUGAGGAGGCUGAGGAGGCUGAAAGCCGGAGUGAAAAUCGGGAUCAGGGAAACAAUGGCGCAGAGGGAGAGACUGGUUAGAGGUUAAGAAGAUCGUCUAAUGAGGAUGAUGUAGGGCUGGGCGAUAAACAGAAAAUUUACAGAUAUAGAAAUUUACAAUAACUGAUGUCCUUUUGCCCAUAUUGGUAUAUUCUGUGUCAAAAAACCAAUAAAUCAAAGUUGGUUUUGGAUGUGUGUAGGUAGGCUAUGGUCUCAUGUCCCUUUAAGACGCUGUCCUACGUCAGAGACGUGACUCCACCCCAUCCAGUCCGUAACAAAGAGGGAAAGACAGUUGAGAAGAUGGAGGACGGAGAGAAAGUUGUAGCAGCUUGUAGACAAAGUUAAUGUGGGAGGGGGUGAGCAGCUUGUGGAGCAGUUAUCGUCCAUUUCUCGUUAUCGAGGUAAACUGAUCAAUAUAUGGUGAUAUUGAUUUGAGGCCAUAUCGUCCAGCCCUAGGAUGACGCACACAAAGUGCAAAAUUAGUGCAGCUCAGGACAAGCCAAAUUGGAUUUUAUAAAAGUGUAUUUUUACUGCUUUAACUUGACGUUUACGAUGCUGUUUGACCCAGAAAUGAAAGGUCUCAGUACAGUUUAUUAGAGGGUUUUGGAUGACGCUCCAUUGUAAAGCCUGGUUUAGAUUUCUGUGUCGACUCUUAGUCGUCAAACACGCAGCCAAACAGCUGGAGACACGACUUAUAACACAGUAACUUAUCUAAAAAGACAAAAGUUUAAUUUGAUAGUUUGGUUACAGUUUGAUUCAGCAGAGGUUUCUGUCUCAGCAGGAUGAUCUCUUAACCCUUAAACACAGCGGAGAGCUCCUGAAUCCUGACGGUGGGCUCGCUAAAACAAGGACUAGAGAUUAAACUGCAGGAGAUUCUUGCCAAAGCAUGCACAUCCUAUCCUACACCCUGAUAAGAUGCAUUUUUAAUUACAGGGCAUUUUUUUCUGUUUCUUUGGGCCUUGUAAUCAAGUGCAGACUCUCGGUUUGGUUAAACAUCAAGUGUCUGCCCAUUACGAUGAGACUUAAACGUGUAUAUCUAAAUUUAUCUCCAGUCAGCUGUUCCAACAUGUGUCCUCUUAUUCAGAUUUCCUCUCUGAUCAAACUUUGGACUGGGAAUGGAGACCUUAAACGUUUAAUAAGCAGUGUCUGAGUGAGUCCUCAUCACUGUGAUCAGACGCGUUAAAAACAGGAGCUAAUUACAACACACACACACACACAUUCACACACACAUAAACACACACAGCUCCCAGGCAGACAGUCUACUAUAAAACACACACCUCCUCUGUGCUGCCUGUCUCCUCUGGAUGAUGUCGCGCCGGUCGGUCUGUGUUUCAUCCUCAAAUAAAAAAGCCUGAUGAUGAAGAAGAAGAAGAAGAAGAAGUGGCCUCAGGGUUCAGAAAGUCCUCGACGCUGCAGUAAACAAAAGUGAACAAACCGGUUUCUGUGUGUAACCGAGCGCUCAGAUGAAAUGAUAUCACAGCACAUGAAAAUGAGAGUGAUUGGAUUAGUGAUGAGCAUGUGAACUAAAACUAUUAAAGAUUUGAUGUUCUGUAGUUUAACACUGUUAUAAACAUUCAAAAACAUUCAUUCUGGAGCAGGUUAAGCUCUUAUUACACAACACAUAUUAUUACAUAAUACAUCUGAUAAAGACAAAUAAGGAAAGUGCUGGUUUAAAAUGCUGCUUUUUGUCUUGUCUUAAUUGUCCUGAUUCUCUGCCAUAUUUUUGCAACUAUUCCUCACUUGCGGCGGCUGUCCAAAUUUCUAUCUUUCUAAAACUUGUUCUGCAGCUAUAGAUUGGAUCCCAGUUGUAUAAAUCCACGCUUGCGCGUAGCAUGUGCUAAAAUCUGUUAAUACCCGUGCGUGGGUCUCUUCUGUCCGUCCUCAUAAAUCAGGAAAAGCCUUGAUGUUGACUUGACCUGAAGUUGAACCAUAAAUCUCGUCUGUCCAUCAGUCAGUGGGACACAGCGGGGCCCUCCAGACUCUUCUUUAUUAACCUGUGAAGAUGUUCACAUGCUGUUCGGGGGGUCAGAGAUGCUCUCAUCCUGAGAAACAGUUUAUUAUAAUGUCGGUUCUACUCGAGUCUUGUAAAGCAGUAAAGCUGCUAAUGGAAACUUUAAAAUGAUCCCACAGCGGAGGAUGAAAAACUCUCAUGAGGAAUGAUGAUGUUAAGAUACGUACAGAGAUGUAUAGACUCCUCUUGGUGUGAUUUAUCUGUGUCUUUAAGUCCAGAAACAGAGAGGGUAGAAUGUGAUCUGUCUUCCUGAUGUUGUGUUUAGGUUGUUGUCACACACACUGAUGGAUCAGCAGACAGUGUUUAAGCAUUCACACACCUGCAGCCUGUCACUGCCGCCACCUUCUACACGUCUGUGAUGUCCUGCAGCUGUCCUCAGACUUAAACUGCUGUGGGAAUGUGUGUGUGUGUUAGUGUGUGUUAGUGUGUGUGUUAUCCUCUCUCACUGCCUCUCUCUCUCUCUCUCUUGGUUCACAGGACAGAGCGGCCUGGGAAAGUCGACUCUGAUGAACACCCUGUUCAAGUCCAAAGUCAGCCGUAAGUCAGUGCUGGCCACGGCCCAGGAGAAGAUCCCCAAAACAAUCGAGAUCAAGUCCAUCAGUCACGGUACGACCCUCCACGACCCCUCCACUCUCCUCUCUGCCACCGCUCUUUCUCCUCAGCCUGUGUCUGGACUCUUCGCCUAAAAACAGCCUUUUUUAUACUUUACUACUUGAUUCAUUUCCUCUCUCUUCUAUUCUUACUCUUUUACACAAGCUGACAUGCUGCCUGUCUAGUUUCUCCGAACAUUCACCCCACCUUUCCCUAAUUUUCAACCAUUUUAAUCCUCUUUAAUUCACUGUAAUCAUGGCUUAAGCGACGUCUGAACACACUCACAAAAGCAGCCAAGUUUCCAUUCUGGCAGCUGUUUGAAUAGUUUAUUCUUGAUUAUUCAGACGUUUGUGAAUACAUUUCAGGUGGAGAAAAAGCUUCUUUUGAACACAUGAAUCUGUGCUUUUUUCAGCAGAGCAGUAAACAAACUUUCAGACCUUGUUUGUGUUUAUUUUUUUUUGCAGACAUCGAGGAGAAAGGAGUGAGAAUGAAGCUGACCGUCAUCGAUACACCGGGGUUUGGAGAUCAGAUCAACAACGAGAACUGGUGCGUCGUAAUAAUUCAACUUUGAGGUUUAAGACUGCAGAAUAUAAACACCGAGACGAGGACUGAGUCUAACCAGACGCUCUGUCUUUUCUCCUCACUUCUCCUGUUCGCUUCUUUAUCUCCCUGUUAUCUCUGAGCCUCUCCCACGUCCUGCUUUUACCCUCUCUCUUCCUCUCCCUUUCCUUCGUCCCUUCCCUUUCCCCCUUCCUUUCCUCAUCACUUCCCUCCAUCUCUAGCUGGCAGCCAAUCAUGAAGUUCAUCAACGACCAGUAUGAGGCGUACCUGCAGGAGGAGAUCAACAUCAACAGAAAGAAAAGGAUCCCAGACUCCAGGGUCCACUGUUGCAUUUAUUUCAUCCCCCCGACAGGACACUGGUGAGGACACACAAAAACAAAUGUUUUGUUUCAGUUUGUCUGCAGAGAUAUUUGUUUCAUUUUCUUUCCCCAACCCUCCAAAAAACAAUCAAACCAUUAAGUGUUUAUUUUCAUUCCUUGGACAUCAAGAGUGACCCUGACCUCACUUGAAAUAAAAGCUCAUUAAAAGAAGCUUCAACACUCGCCGUUCUAGCGAUCAGUGACGGCGGUUUUAUCGUUUUCCUCCUCUAUUGUUUCCAGUAGGACUCCUGUGGAUCUUCUCCCUGCUGUCUUUUUUUAUAUUGAACUCACACGUCACUUCACAUUUCCUCUCAGCACGAUUCGACAUAUCCCAGGACACCGACACGCACACACACACACACUCUCAAACACACUCAAGAUGGUGUGCGCUCUCGCCAGGCCCUGCAGCAGCACAGUGUCCCAAAUUUCUUCCCCUGGAUCUGGUACAGAAUCACACAUCUGGCUCUGAUCGGACUGCAUAAACUGCCUUUUCUCUCUCUCUGCUCGGCACAGAUCGGCGUUCACAGGCUCGGCGUGUACGAGCUGAGAGAAUUAGGGCAGGGGUGCACACGGUCUGAAGAGCCCGUCAAAUGAUAGAUUCAUGCAUUUCAAAGCUUGUGCGUUUGUCUAACUCCACUUGAGUCUUGGGAAAAUGUUAAGCAGCUGUGGAUUGUCUGCCGUGCUCGGGCUCACACAGUCUAGAGCAGAGCUGCACUUUGUGUCCCGGCCUGUCUUUUCUCAGGCGGGGGGCUGGUGUGAAACGGCCCCCUGUCUCUCUGCCACAGCGUUUUAUGUUGAUCCAACCCUUGCAGAUGUCACAUGGGCUGUCCGGCAGCUGCUCAGGGAUCGCCUUAAAAAGUCGAAAGGGGGGGAGAGAGAGGCAGGAAGGACGAGCGAGACAGAGAGUCUGCGUGAACGUUGGGGAGCAGGCUAUCAAUCUUCUGAGCGUGCUCUUUCUCACAAUGGACAGUCUUUGUCAGAGCGUUGUUAGCGCUGCUGGAUCCACAUGUACGUGCUUUAGUCGAACUACGAGAACGAGCUUCAGCUCCUCAUUACGCAGCUGUUCACACACACUGUAAAGCAGGAUUAGGUCAUGUACGCAACAGCUGGAACUGUAAAUACUGUGUGUUCGCAGCUAUGAGAGCCCCUCCACCUGUGACAGUUAGGCACACACGCCCUCUGGUGGAAUCAGUCUGUAUUACAUUCAUGCUGUUUCUUUUCUCUUUUCCUAUUUCUUAAAUGUUUUGUCUUUCUCUCUCUGUAGUCUCCGCCCCCUCGAUGUGGAGUUUAUGAGACGUCUGAGUAAGGUGGUCAACAUCGUCCCCGUCAUCGCCAAAGCAGAUACUCUCACCCUGGAGGAGAGGGACUUCUUCAAAAAGAAGGUAACUCUCUUCUCGCUCCAUCUGCUCCUUUUUUGCAUUUUUUCACUCCACUUCUCUCCCUAAUAACGGUUUUAAUCCAGAAACAUCCUCUGUUUUCCUCCCUCUCCACGGAUGCAUUUUUUUCAUGUUUGUGGUGUAACCGGAGAGAGGAGAAGUUCCUGUGGUUUUCUCUCGUGGUUGUUUCCUCUCGCUCUCUGAAAAGUCACAAAACUGUGGCUCCAUUCCAGGAAAAGCUCCAGAGCAUCUCUCUCUUCAUCGCCACUCUUAACCCUCUACUUUCUACACUUCCUCCUCGCAGUUUAUAAGGCUGCAGCCGUUCAUUUGGAUGUUUUUAUUGGCAGCGUUUUCAAGGAUCACAGGAUUUCCCUUCCUCUCAUUAGCAGCGUGGAGGCCAGACUCCCCCUGUGCAGGUUUUUGAUCUCUCAUGUCAGGUUUUCAGUUUUUUUUUUAUGUUUGUACGCAGACAGCGAUUACUGCCUAAACCCAAACUUUUGGAGCGAUUAGACGGCAGAUUAGUGUUAAUCCCACUUUAAUCUGUCCACUUUAGGUACAUUUGUUUGAUGUCUCUCAUGACGGUGUUAAACACGUCGGCCUUAUUACUCCUGGAUUUAAAGGCUCUAGCUCGUAUCCUCACAAAAUUUCCCUUUCAAUUAGUUUGAUUUCUCUCCUCAUCAGAUCAGGGAAGAGCUGAGAGCCAACGGGAUCGACGUGUACCCUCAGAAAGAGUUUGACGAGGAUUCAGAGGACAGGAUGAUCAAUGAGAAGAUCCGGGUGAGGGAAACUCCAGAAACAUCUCUUUGAGCCUCAACAACAAUAUUAUAUAAUUCAUGUUCAAUCUUAGAUUAUACAAAGUAAUUUCACUUACACGUGAUGGAUCUCUUCAGGAGAUGAUCCCGUUUGCUGUGGUGGGCAGCGAUCAGGAGUACCAGGUGAACGGUCGGAGGCUGCUGGGAAGGAAAACCAAAUGGGGAACCAUCGAAGGUAAACAUCAUGCUGCAUGUUUCUGAUGUCUGCUCAGUCUUUUUAUGCUCCUAUCAGAAAGAAUGAUAAUAUCCCACAGAUCUGAUAAUACUCAGCCGAAUACUUAUGCUCUAUAUUUCAAGAUGUGACUUUGGGGCCUAAUAUUUGACUUAUCUGGACCAUUAAGAGGAACUAAAUCCAGGAAACUCUUCUCUCUGUUUGUCCUGAUAUCCAUCACAUCAGCAAGUCUCUAGUUAAGCUUCGAAUAUGAACAAGAUUCUUGCAAGAACUGAAAAAACAUCAUGAUUUUUUCCACAUCAUAUCUUAUCUCCAGACUUGGACGUUUUAAUAGUAUCCAGAUUUAGAGUUCGGACAGUUUAAGAUAUUCUCUAAGAUAAUAAUCCACAGAUACAUGCAUGUUAUUGUUUUAAUCUAUAAGAACACAGUGUAUUAAAGGUAGUGAGCAAAAAUAAGAAUAUUUAGCAAUAUCUAUCCAAUUUGAAACAAAGGAUGUAAACGAUGAAAACAAAGUGCGUUAAAGAGGUGCAAAGAUAACCGAGAGUCUGACCAAACAGAUGUGUUUUCAAGGACGUCAGGAGAUUCUGCAGAGGACCACAAAGUUUUUCAUAUUUCUCUGAGAGGAGAAGAGUAAAAGGAGACGAGCAGAGACCUUGCAGAGUCAGUCAAUGAAACAAAGCUCUAUUCAGUUUUCAGACGGCUGUCGUGUGCCAUGCAGCUGCUUCAGACUGGCAGCAGACCCGGUCUGUCUGCAGAGGCCUCGUUUGUUUACCCGACUCACAUUUCCCCCUGAGUGACUGCGGGUGGUCGUACAGAGAGGAACACGUCAGAGAGUCUGAGAUGUUUUAAAGAGACGUAAAACUUUUUAAAUUUCCUUCAUUUUUACUCCAAUAAUCACUGAAGAAGAGAACGAUAAAGAGAGGAACUACUCUGAUUUAUCAACACCAACUCUGCUCUGGAUUUUCAACAUCUAUUCACACCGUCACGUUUUCAUCUUUCAAUAUUUAAUUAUGUUAUCCACUUCAGACAGGAGGCCCCACCCUCCAUCAAGUGUCUCAUUAAGGAAGUUUCAUUUCCUGCAUUGUGCUGCACACGCGCACACACACACACACACACACACACACACACACACACACACACACACACACAUCUUGCAGGGUUUUAUUUGAGCAGAUAGUCUUAUCUCUCUGAGGGGACUUGAUUUAGAUUUGUUUGUCAUCGAGAUCUACAUUGGUCAUUGUUAAGACAACAUGCAGUCUCUCUCUCGCUCUGUUGCUCUCUCUCUGUCCCUCUCUCUGAGCUCACUUACUCCACCUGGUGGACAGUGGAGGAAAAACAGCUCACAGCUUCAGUCCUUUGGAAGUAUUUUGGCUGUUUUAACUUUUGCUGCUUGUUUUUGCUCUCUUCGUAUUCUUGCUUGAGGUAUUCUAACUUGCUCUCUUUGUCUCUCUCUCUCUCUAAGUUGAGAACAUCGCCCACUGUGAGUUUGCCUAUCUACGGGAUCUCCUCAUCAGGUGAGAUCACGUCAUUAUGUCUUUAAUCGGGUCUGUCUCAGCAGACGUAUUUCACUGUGAUAUUUUGUGAAAGUUAAUGAAAAUAUUUUGCUUUUUUAACAUUGUAUGAAGCUUUGAAGCCGUGAAAACCUCAUUUUUGUUGAGUAAAAGUUUGGCCCAAAGUUAAUAAAAGACUUUGACCUGUUGACAGCUGUUCCAAACAAAAUCAGGGAGAGUUUAAGAGUUAAAACAAAUAAAAGCUUUGCUGCAAAUGAAGGUUAAGAUAUCUAAUUUCAAACAAGUUAAACUAAAAGACUGAUAUUUGUUUGUUUGUUUGUUUCUGUAGGACCCACAUGCAGAACAUUAAGGACAUCACCAGCAGCAUCCACUAUGAAAUGUACCGCGUCAGGCGCCUCAACGAGAACAACACGGUGGUGGCUCACGCCAACGGGAUCCCGGAGCACCACCUUUCUGCCCAUGAGAUGUAAACACGCCUGCCUUGCUGCAGCUGACCUCACCUGGGUGUCAAUCAUGUGCUGUGAGACUCUGACAGUCCUCCCACCCUCCACUCCAUCCAUCUCCAUCGCACAGGUGGGACAGAAACCUAGAGGCCUGCCAGAGGGGCUUUAUUUUCAGAGACUUCCUGCAGCCGGACAGACGGACCCUCCGCGUCCGUCUGUCGGCUCGUAAACAAACACUACUCUCUCGCUGUCGCGCUCACACAGAGAGUGAAGAGAAGUUUGAAUCUUCGUAACGUGCUGCAGCUUGAUUUUACCGUCUUCCACAUCUUACCUUCUUGUUAUUUUUAUCCCGCGGUGCCAAACGUGAAGCCUCUGCCGAACACAGCGGACUGAAACUUUCUAUCUGCCUUAAUCAGCUCCGAGUUCACCUUAACGUCCACCUUAACUUCUCUCUGUUUUAGAGGAACUAUGCAAUAACAACAACAACAACGACACACGUGGGAAGUGAUGAUGAUGAUGAUGAUAUUCAGUGUUGCACUUGAUCUUUACAAUCUCUGCAGACAUGUUGGGAAGCAGCACUUUACCAGCAUUUACCACACAUGGUCACAUUUCUGGGUUAUCAUCCGCCACGUCUCAUCUUCUAGUUGAUCUUAUGUCUCUGUGUUUUUGCUUUAAACGUUCAUGUCAUGUUGACGAUGGAUUUUUAAAACUCUUAGUAAUAAAUGUCUUUUUUUUUAUUGAUAGGAAUAUCUAAAGAGUGAUUUAAGACGACUAAGUAUUUAUGCACGUUUAAAAUGUGAACGUUUGUCAUCUGUUUGGUCCACUUAUUCACAUUAUUCACAGGUUUCUUCCCGCCUUUUUUUGGCCCCUCAUAGCGCCUUAUUUAUUGGAGAAUGUUUGCGAAGAGCAUGUUGGCUGAAACUGGAAAGAGCAGGUUUGUUGUUGGUGCCAAAUAGACGACGACGACAUUUAGACAUUUCUUCAUCUUUCUUCCUCGUUUUUCCUUUUUUAAUCAGCCGGCUCACUUUUUCUUCAGUUUCCCGUCAUCAUCAUAUACCAAGGAUCUUUCUCUGUUUGAAGCGUAUGUAAUUCCCUUUACUGUCACUCUCAUGUUCUCUCCUGUAUAUGCAUCUGUGUUCUGCCAAAUUUUUUGUACUUGUAUUAUUGAUAAUAACAAAAAUUUCCUUUAUAUUAUUUUAAAGAAAUAAAGAUUAAAGUUGUAAAUGUA